AGACGUAGUGCGAGCUCCACUCAUGCGCAAUAAGCAGCGUUCGAUCAGGAAGUGCGAGAGUUCCAUCCGGGGCAGACAGGCUGCAUGGCUCUCUAGAGAGGUCAGGCAGGUAAGAGGUUAUUGCUGCGAUAUUAAUCAUUUUCUGAGCUUAUUACCAGCACGGGCAAUGGCGAUUUCAUGUGUUGCUAUACUGAAAUUAUAAUACAAUUAACAUGUAAAAAGCUGUCCUCUAUUAGAGUGUCUGUUAUUAAUGAUUUUAAAGAUGUCCUUUACAAAAACUAAAGCUAUCCUAUUAAUUACGAUUAGAACUUGUACUCAAGUAGAGGGUUUUGUCUCUAAUAUUAAAUAAAGAUUAAAAGUUGUUUUUCUCUUUUGGAGGAAAGUCGUAUUUAAUUUAUUAAUAUACAAUAUUAAACAAUGUGUCUUGUAUACUAAUCUAUAAUUAAAAAUAACAGUCUAAGGAAGACUGAGCCACUAAUUUACAUGAUUUAAAGCUAUUAUUGCUAGGGAGUAUAUCGUUUAUGAACAUUUGUUUAAAUUAUUGGCUUUUAUUAGGGACUGUAAAUUUAACAUUGUUACAGAUUAAUUAUGAAGGGUAGUAAUUUAUUGCAUGUGUGCAAAAUUCCUAGGUUACACAUUUCUGUGAUAAUUAAAUUACUGACUAGAUUCCAACUAUUUGGACGUAAAUUAAACCUCUGAAUGCUUUGUGGUGUUAACUAGUACUGACUAUUAUAAUAUGUUCAUCUGGAAUAUGUACUGCAUUUGUAUCCUCAUUUUGAAUGAAGUGUUUAUUUCAGCCAUGGCAAAACAUACUUAUUUUGCUGGCAGUGGUGUGGAAGCUUAAAGGACCACUAUAGGCACCCAGACCACUUCAGCUUAAAGAAGUGGUCUGGGUGCCAGGUCCAUCUAGGGUUAACCCUGGCUGCUGUAAACAUAGCAGUUUCAGAGAAACUGCUGUGUUUACAUAUGGGUUAAUCCAGCCUCUAGUGGCUGUCUCAUUGACAGCCACUAGAGGCGCUUCUCACUGUGAUUUUCACUGUGAGAAGACGCCAGCGUCCAUAGGAAAGCAUUGAGAAAUGCUUUCCUAUGGACUGAUUAAAUGCGCGCGCGGCUCUUGCCGCGCAUGCGCAUUCUGCCGAUGACAUCCAAAGGAGGAGGAGAGUCCCCAGCGUCGAGGGAGCCUGGCGCUGGAGAAAGGUAAGAUUUUAAAGGGACACUAUAGUGUCAGGAAAACCGCUUGGUUUUCCUGACACUAUAGUACCCUGAGGGUGCCCCAUCCAUCAGGGUCCCCCUCCUGCAGCGCGGAAGGGGUUAAAACCCCUUCAGCUACUCACCCUUUUCCCCCGCCGGGCUCCCUUACCUGUCCUCCCCCGCCGACGUCCGCAUCCAUGUCUGACGUCACCGGAGCCGAAAGCGCGGCACUGCCGCGCGUGCAUUCAAAGUGUCCAUAGGAAAGCAUUUUUCAAUGCUUUCCUGUGGACGCUCUGCGUGAUUGAGGCAUAAUAUGCCUCAAUCAUUGCAGAUGCGCCUCUAGUGGCUGUCCGGAAGACAGCCACUAGAGGCUGGCUUAACCCCAGAUGUAAACAUAGCAGUUUCUCAGAAACUGCUAUGUUUACAUCAGGCAGGGUUAACCCUAGAGGGACCUGACACCCAGACCACUUCAUUAAGCUGAAGUGGUCUGGGUGACUAUAGUGUCUCUUUAACCCCUUCCUCCCCUUCAGCCCGCCUAAUACUAUAGUGCCAGGAAAACGAGUUUGUUUUCCUGGCACUAUAGUGGUCCUUUAAAUAAUCUACAUUUUCAAGGGCCCAGAGUGGUAGCCCAAUCUACUUGUCCUAGCAGAAAAUAAUUUCGAACUCGAACAUUUUGGGAACCUGUCUAUACUUGGCUAUUGGCAGGGUUAUUCAUUAAAUUCUGAAUUUUGUAACUUAAAUCCGAAUGGAAAAGCAGAGGUAAAAAUUGUUUAACUGAAAAAAAUUGCCAAUUCCGCUACAGUUACAACUGGUUAUUUUUUUCCUCAGUUUACAUAUUUGGAUUUAAUUUGUGAAUGUUUUGAGACUAGGGUCUCGCCCACUGUCCUCCCCAUAAUUUGUGUGUGGUGGCUGGGUGUAAUGUGUGUGAUUUGUGUGCAUUCAUGUUCUUGUGUGUGUUCUUUGUGCUUGUGGUGUGUGCUGUUUGCAUGUAGUGUAUGUGUGUUUGGUAUGUGCGUUGCCAUAUAUGAACCACUGCCCUAUUUGCCAUGUCCCUUUCCAUCCAUGUCUCAUGCCAACCUCUGUCUUCUCUGCCAUGUGUAAAAGAUCUUUUAGUCUCUUACUUCACUGCCUGUUAUUACAUCCAUCCUCCCAAUGCCACACAGCCAUGCCCUCCUUCAUCUAUAUCCCAUUAAACUUUUUGGCCACCUCCUUUGCCCACCAGACAUGUCCCAUAACCCUCAUAUGUCCUAACUUACAGCCAUGCCCUAUACCAUAGUGUAACGAACCUCCUGUACUUCGUGAAGUAUGUUCAUUCGCACACUCCCGAAAUGCUAAGGACUUAGUGAUUAUAUCCCGUACACAUAGUAUGCUGAUUCGUACUUUCCCGAAAUCCAAGCUGGUUGUGAGAACAAAUCAAGCUGUUUGUCAUUCGCAUACCCAAACAUCAGUUGAGACUUGAUGAAGGGUACAACCGGAAGGUUUUAUUAUGGCCACGUGGCCCACUUAUGUACACAGACACCCAGCAGGGGGUCUCAAACAAAGAUCCUCCCAUUACCACACAGCCGUAAAUUAAACGGCUCCCACAACACGCCCAGGAGUCUCUGUGUCUGGGAGAUAAUUUAGUGUACUUUGCUUAAAUUAAUUAUCUCCCAGGCACUAGAGUUACAAAACAUAAAAUAUUAAAUACAUAGAGGAACCCCACAAAUGUUAUAUCCCUGGAUAGCCUGGAUCUGAGCACCCAAGUUGUCCAGAUUCAUGUUUCCUGUCAUAAGUGGCCGUACUGCAACAUGUUCGUAGUCCCUUCCUUAAGUGGACAAGAAGCUCUGCAAAUUAAAUUAAUUCCUGCCUCCCUGCCUAUAAAAGGCAAUACUUCCAUAUUAUCCCCAGUUUUUCUUGUCCUGGUAUCUGGCGGACCAGUUGCUCAGAAAAGUCUGGUGUGGCUCACGGGAUGACAUCUGGGGGAACAGAACCCGAAAGCUCCCCGGGAGGUUGAGCUGAAUGGCGCCCUUCCACAUCGUGUUACGGAACGUAAGUGGAAGGAAGGUAUUUAUGCGGCAAUUGCUAGUACGGAGUCCUGGGAGGCAGGAAAUUUCGUAAGCCUUUCAGAGAUGUCAAAAGAAAGAACUCCAACAAAAAAAGAUAAGAAAAGGAGAUAUUGACGCCAGAAGUAUAGGGGGUUGGCUCAGAUUCUUUGUUCAACAAUGAGAAGAAACCACUUAAAUUCAUUGGAUAUUGAAUACUAUAGCAGAGGGUUACAGACUAAAAUUCUCGAAACAUACUGGCCCGGAAUUUCUGGUAUCAACUUACCAGUCAAGAGAAAAAUCAGAAGCUCUUCUAUCUAGCAUCUCUGACCCUGUUAAAAAAGGCAGUUAUAGAAAGGGUGCUAAAACAAUAAGAGUUCCUGGGAGUGUACUCUCACCUUUUUCUAGUCCAUAAUUUUUUUUCUCUCCAGACUCUGUUCACAAAUCAUGGCUUGGUCUCAUGAAAAUGUGAAAUCAAUUGCGGCAACGUACAUCAGAGGAUCCAACAAUAUAAUCGCGGGCGAUCUAAGCAGACAAUGAUGGACGCAGUCAGAAUGUUCUUUUCACCCUCUCGUCUUUGCGAAGCUAGUCAAGCAUUUUGGUCUACCAGAUAUAAAUCUGAUGGCCACAAGAAGGAAUGGGAAAGUCCAGAAAUUCACUUCCAUUUUUGAGAGGAGAUCAUCCUUGUGUUCUGGAUGGUCUUUCAAUACCAUGGAAGCUCAGCAUGGUGUAUCUUUUCCCUCCAGUAGCUAUGACCUCCCGCAUUAUUCAGACAUUGACCAAACAGGAGCUGGUUCUCAGAUAUCAAACGGAUGGCAAUAGCUCAUUAGGAACUCCCUUGUUCGAACGACCUUCUGGAAAACAAAGAUCUUCCAGUGGAGACCAUAAGGAUGUUCCGAAUGGUUGCUGCCAGGGCCGGACUGGGAAAAAAAUUAGGCCCGGGCAUUUUUCAAUUAGAGCGGCCCCCCAAAAAGGGGGCGGGGCCAGAGAGGGUGUGUUUGUCAUCACUAAUGACAAGUACACCCCCUCUGAAAGUGAGCAUGUUGGUUCAAUGCGCAGAGCCCCGCUGAAGAGCUCUAGCAUUAGAAAAAGGCCCUGUAUUUGUUCUGCGCAGCGCAAGCAAAUGUAAUAACAUGCUUGCGCUGUGUUUGCUUUUAAAUUGUCUCUGGUGUCUCCACAAGUGGGAUACCAGAGGACAAAAGGGCCAGGAAAGUGUAUGGUGCAUGUGUUUGGCGCAUGCUUGUGGGAUUGCCUGUGUGUAGAGUGUGGUAUGGUAUUGUGUAAAUAGGUCAAUUUUGUGGUGUAAUAUGUGUGGCUAGGGGCUGUAGAGAGUGCGUGUAUAGGGGCAUAGUGUUAUAGGGGAUGUAGCGAGUGUGUGCAUACGGGCAGUAGUGUGUGUGUUUAGGUGACAAAGUGUGUGUCACUUAUACACACUACUGUGUGUAGAGAGGGUGUGUUUAGAGAAUGUUGUAUGUGUUUGCAGUGUGUGUGUAAGAGAUCUAGUGUGUAAAGGACCCAGAGUGUGUAUAGAAGAUUGUGUGUGUGUGUAGAGGAUUAAGAGUGCAUAUAAGGUAAGGGAUCUAGCGUGUAUCUGGAGCGUAAUGUGUGUAGUGGUGCAGUGUGAGGGGUGCUGUAGUGUGUGUGUAUAAUAUAUUUGGACGUAUUGUAUGUGUGAGGUGCGCAGCGUGUUUGUGUAAGAGGAGUGCUGUGUGUGAGGGUGUUUUUAUCUGCCGUCUGGGUUUCUAAUUUUGUCUGUUAACUCACUGAAGGUUAUUUUAUAUAAUAUAUAUGUGCUGUAUGUGUGUGGGAGUGAGGGUGCUGCCUGUCUGAGGGUGUUGUGUGCGUCUGUGGGGUGCUGUGUGUGUGCGUCUGUGGGGUGCUGUGUGUGUGCGUCUGUGGGGUGCUGUGUGUGUGCGUCUGUGGGGUGCUGUGUGUGUGCGUCUGUGGGGUGCUGUGUGUGCGUCUGUGGGGUGCUGUGUGUGUGUUGUCUGUGUCGUCUGUGGGGUGCUGUGUGUCGUCUGUGGGGUGCUGUGUGUGUCGUGUGUGCUGUGUGUGUGCUGGGGGUGCUGUGUGUGUGUGUCUGGGGGUGCUGUGUGUGUGUCUGGGGUGCUGUGUGUGUGUGUGUCUGGGGUGCUGUGUGUGUGUGUCUGGGUGCUGUGUGUGUGUGUGUCUGGGGUGCUGUGUGUGUGUGUGUCUGGGUGCUGUGUGUGUGCUGUGCUGUGUGUGUCUGGGGUGCUGUGUGUGUGUGUGUCUGGGUGCUGUGUGUGUGUGUGUCUGGGGUGCUGUGUGUGUGUGUGUCUGGGGUGCUGUGUGUGUGUGUGUCUGGGUGCUGUGUGUGUGUGUGUCUGGGGUGCUGUGUGUGUGUCUGGGGGUGCUGUGUGUGUGUGUGUGUCUGGGGGUGCUGUGUGUGUGUGUCUGGGGGUGCUGUGUGUGUGUCUGGGUUACUGUGUGUGUGUGUCUGGGGUGCUGUGUGUGUGUGUCUAGGGGUGCUGUGUGUGUGUGUGUGUCUGGGGUGCUGUGUGUGUGUGUCUGGGGGUGCUGUGUGUGUCUGGGGUGCUGUGUGUGUGUGUCUGGGGUGCUGUGUGUGUGUGUCUGGGUGCUGUGUGUGUGUGUCUGGGUGCUGUGUGUGUGUGUCUGUCCUGGGGUUGCUGUGUGUGUGUGUCUGUCUGGGGUUGCUGUGUGUGUGUGUGUCUGUCUGGGGUUGCUGUGUGUGUGUGUCUGUGUGUGUGUGUGUCUGUGGGGUGCUGUGUGUGUGUGUCUGGGGUGCUGUGUGUGUCUGGGUGCUGUGUGUGUCUGGGUGUGUGUGUGUGUGUGUCUGGGUGCUGUGUGUGUGUGUGGGGGGGUGCUGUGUGUGUCUGGGGGGGCUGUGUGUGUCUGGGGGGGCUGUUAGGGUAAUUAUUUUAAAUAUAUAUAUUUUUUAUUUUAUUAAUAAUUAUAAUAAUUAGUAAUUAUUAAUAAUUUAAAAAAAAAAGUUAUGCCCCCCCUUCUUACCUUUAGCCUGGGAGGGGGGGGAGCCGUGUUGCCAUGAGGGGGUGGGGGGCGCAUGCUGUCAUGCUUCCCUGGUGGUCCAGUGUUGAGAGUGAACUCCAGCCUGCAGGCUAGAGUUCACUCUCGCGAGAUCUGAGCGUUGCCGUGGUAACCGCGGCAACGCUCAGAAUCCCGCGAGAGGACCCGGCGGAGCUGCUGGUUAGAGCUCUGCCGGGUCCUCUCUCCCUCCCUCCCUCACCCAGCCUGCGGCCGCCUGUAACAGUGCCUGUGGGCCGGUGAGGGAGAUCUGUGAUCUCCCUCACCGGCCCAUGGAGGCACAAAGCAGGGCUGGCGCUCGGAUAGCGCUGGCCCUGCAGGGGAGAUCCUGUGAUCUCCCCUGCUGGCCUCGGCCCCACGGCCAUCGCGGCCCACCGGGCAUUUGCCCGGUAUGCCCGAUGGCCAGUCCGGGCCUGGUUGCUGCGAGGAUGAUCCUUAAAGAACAAGGCGUGUCUGUCAGAAUUAAUGAUGUUCUCCUGUCCUCCACUCGCAUAUCCACAAACAAGAUCUACCUUAGGAUCUGGCAUAAAUUCCUGCAAUGGUGAUCACAAAAGGGAUGUCUCUCUUUUAAUUAAUCAAUGUCAUACAUCCUUUCUUUUUUGCAAGACCGUUUCUCUGAAGGUCUUAGUGUGUCUUCUCUCAAAGUACAAGUUUCAGCCCUCUGCCAUUUCCUGAUUCAAGAUUUGAGAUCCAACAAGCUCAUUCGUAGAAUUUUUAAAAAAAAUUUUUUAAAAGCUGUUCUUCUUAAAAUGUCUUCCAAAGCUCUUCUUUUCCUUCAUCGGAUUUAUCAGUUGUUCUCAAGGCAAUGUGCAGUCCUCCUUUUGAACAAUUAGAUGUUAUACCAUUAAAGAUUUUUAUCCCUUAAAACGUCAUUUUUGGUUGCAGUUACCUCAGCUAGUAGAGUUGGUGAAUUACAAGCACUAUCACCUUCCUCCUGAAUUUACAGUUUUUCACCAGGAUAAAGUGAUUUUGCAUCCGAAACACUCUGUUCUACCUAAGGUUCUCUCCAGACAAAACCUUAAUCAACCUAUCAUUCUACCUUCCUUUUGCCAAGCCCAAUCUUCUGACACUGAGAAGAAAUGGCAGUGCCUGGAUGUUAAGAGGGUGUUAGAAGCAAAUCACCUCCGAUUAGCUCCUCAUAGAAAAUCAGAUCUGUUUAUCAAUUUGCAAGGUGCUUUUUAUUGACGCUAUCAAACUGGCUUAUGAGGUCAGGAAUCUCUCCCUUCCAUUAUCUGUCAAGGCUCACUCUACCAGAGCGAUGGCAACCUCAUGUGCUGAGCGGUCUUCAACAUAUCCGGAGGAUAGAAGUAAAGCUGCUGCUUGGUCUUCUCUUCAUACUUUUAUAAAACAUUACAGGCUGGCUAUAUUCUCUUACCCUGAAGCUGCUUUUGGGCAAAGGUGCUCCAAGCGGUGGCCUAUUGAUUUCCCACCCAUUGCUUUUGUUAAGGGAUCUUGCUAUAUCCCACAUGUUGCAGUACUGCCACUUACGACACGAAAAACAGUAAUUUUACUUACCGUAAAUUCUAUUUUCCUUAGUAUAGUGGCAAUGCUGCAUGUUUCCCUCCCAUUGGAUCAUGAAUUUUGCAGUUGAUUGGUCUCUGUAUGGUUAUUUAGAUAACUGGGGAUAAUAUGGAGGUAUGGCUUUUUAUAUGCAGGGAGUCAGGAUAUAAUUUAAUUUGCAGAGCUUCUUGUCCACUUAAAGUGACUACCCACAUGUUGCAGUACUGACCCUAUAGUAAGGAAAAUAGAAUUUUUAUUUUUUAAUUUAUUAUAUUCUUUAUUGAAAAAAUAGUUAUUCUUAACAUAUCAUACAAUUAUGUUAAUAAACAUAUACCGUAUAAGGCGAGUUUUUUCAGCACAUUUUUUUGUCUUUUCACAAUUUUCACUUGGGCACUCUCACUAUGCAGGCAACCAACAUCCUAAGUAUGGUUCUGCACAUUAGCACUAUGUAACCUUUUACCUCUUUUCCAGCCCUAAUAACCUUUUAUCUAUUAAGUAACCUUUGUAGGAGAUACAUUAUCAGAGAUUUUUAUUUUUUAUUUUUUUUAUUAUAAAGGAUCUUGUACUGGUUACUUAUUAACAUUAUUUUGAUACAUUUCUCUAUAGAGUCCUUUUUCUAUAUGGCAUCUUUCUUAGAAUAGUGUUACCACAGAGCUAUUCAAUAUAAAUGUGGAUAUAGAGACAUCCUAGAGAAGCGUCUCUUUACUUAUGGUACACUAUCAUCAUAAGAGUUGCCAGGACAAGUGAUUCAUUUUUUAUAUAUGGUCGUUUUUCUAGGGACUAGGAAUGGUAUCCGUGAUUCAAUUGAUAUUUAUUUAUUACUACAAACAGACUGUGACCUAUUCGGUUAAUAAUAAAGUCAGGAGUCUGAGAUUUACUAAUGUCACGGUAUAAUAUUUAAGAGGUUUAGCCGAAAGGCUUGGUAUUUAUUAUUUCACAUUGGAUGGCUCUAAGGUUUGGGAUGGGUAUGUGAUUAUUAUUAUUAUUAUUAUUAUUAUUAUUAUUAUUAUUAUCAUCAUCUUUUUUCAGAUUGAAUUUUGAUUACAAUAGUUCCAGUUUAUACUCGAACUGCUGGAUUGUUAUAUCCAGCGAUUCAAGUGUUUUUCUCUUUAAUUUUUUGUCUUAUACUCAAGUCAAUGUCUGUAUUAUGACAACUUACAUUGUCAUAAUACAGACCAGGACCGCCGGGCUCAUUACAAGCCCCGCGGUCCCGUUGGGGGGUGGCAGUGAGCGGUAACUUACCUUUCCUGCAACUCCUGUCAGCUCCCUUCUUGUCCGGUCAGCUCCCCUGUCAGCUCCACUGUAAGUCUCACGAGAGCCGCGGGGUCAGACCCGUGGCAACGCUCCCCACGGCACUCACACCGCGAGACUUGCAGUGGAGCUGACAGGGGAGCUGACUGGACCGGAGGAGAAGGGAGCUGACAGGAGCUGCAGGCACACCACUGGACCACCAGGGAAUGAGAGCCCCCCUCCCUGGCCAUGUAUCAAGCAGGGAGGGGGGGACGAAUAAAAAUAAUUUAAAUAAAAUAUUAAUAUAACAAAUAAUUAAUAUUAAAAUAAUAAUUAAAAAAAUAAUAAAAAUGCCCACCCCCCACCAAGGUUCUGCAUCACAUACACAAACACACACUGCAUUCAUACAUACACACACUCAUACACACACACACACACACACACACACACACACUGUAAAUAAAUAUUCAAUUAAUCUAAUUUUUGGGGGGAUAUAAUUUUAUUUAGAAAUUUACCAGUAGCUGCUGCAUUUCCCACCCUAGUCUUAUACUCGAGUCAAUAAGUUUUCACAGUUUUUUGGGGUAAAAUUAGGGGUCUCUACUUAUACUCGACUUAUACUCGACUUAUACUCGAGUGUAUAUACAGUAUAAAAACUUCAAUCCAGUUAAACAGUGAGUAUAAAUAUACAAUCCAAGAUAAAUUUAGCCUGAUAUGCAUGAAUAUUACAAUUACUUUCUAACAAAAUACAACAGCAAAAAUCAUACCAUACACUCCAUAUACAUGCCAUAUAUACUAACAUUCACACUUUCAGAGUGAGAAAUUAAUAGAUCCUAAGGUAAAGUAUAUCUGAAUCUACACUGAUCUAUAUAUUUAUGUAUAUAUGUAAUUGGUAGAGGACCAGUAUCAUAUCUCCUAGACAAUUUAAGUCCUCUCUCCACAAUCUUAUUAGAUGAUCAUCCCUGUUUUACUCUCAUUCUCAACCAUACAAUAAUAUAGACUAUUCUAGUCAGAUUUUACAUUAAUUUCUUCAUGGGUCUGUUACGAAUUCUUAUUUUACUACUCUUAUUGAACCGGGUGUCUCAUUGAAGAAAAGUCCAGAUAACACUGAAUAUAUACUUAAAGUCAAAGAUCAAAUUUAGAUGUUAUGUAUAAGCGAUAUAAUAGCAAGGCGAAAACGCCUUAUAUGCUAUGUAUAUAUCAUAAAUGCUUUUAUUCACGCUAUCAAAGUGAGGAGAGGUAAGUACUAAGAUGGACUAUGUCAAAGUCCACUUGAGUUUGAACAUAUAGGUGUAUUCCUAUCCCUUAUGUCACCUAUACAAUCACUGCUCACUCUCUAUAAUCUAGUUAAUGGGGGGGCCCCUAUCUUCAUGUCAUCAGUCAUAUAAUAAUAUAAAUUUAUCAAGCCACAUUUUAUAUAUGCCUUUCUUAUGCAAUGAACUUGCAGUAUUAUUUAGGAGAUUAUGUUCCAUCGACAAUUGGAAUUUAAUUUGAUUUAUAAGGUGGCUUUUUUGAAAGGGGGUAGAUAAUUUCCACCUUCUGGCAAUUAUAAUUUUAGCAGCCACAAAACAAUGUGAUGCUAUGCAAUUAAUUUUGGAUCAAUUAAAAUUCCAAUUAAGGUGUAAAAGGGCUGAAGCCGGAUUUUCUUCUAAUUUGUUAGAUCGUUUAAAAAAUAAUAUCAAAGACCCAUGACCACCAUGGGUUAACUAUCGGACACGCCCACCAAAUAUGUGUAUAUGUUCCAACAAAUGAAUCACAUCAUCAACAAAUAUCCUGUAAAUGUGGAAACAUCUUUGAUAUUCUAGACUGGGUGUAAUACCAUUUGUAUACCAAUUUAAAAAUAGCAUUCUACCAAAUUAAGACUCUGGACGUACUUUGUCAUAUGGGAUAUUGAGGUACACCAAUCCUUUUCUGAGAUUACUAUGUCCAGUUCCUUUUCCCAAAACUCUAUAAUUUUACAGAGGUAAUUUUUUUUUUUUUUUAACAGAUCUUUAACAAAAGAUAGUUUCUAGAUAUUUAGAAAUUAGGGAUGUAGUAUCGAUAAUAGAAAUAUCUAAAUAAUGUUUAAUACGUAAAUAAGUAAAGAUUUCUCUGGAUGGCAGUUGAUACAUCUCUACAAUCUGUUGGAAUGAUAUAAAUUGUUUACCUACCAUAAUUUCAGAUAUUUUAACUAUGCUUUGAUUGAUCCAUCUAGAUAAUAAGUCAUCUACAUUCUGUUCGAUUACAGCAAGGGAACAAGUCUUUGGUAUCCAAUUCAUACAUCCCAACUGUCAUUUUUUUUUUUUUAAUUUCUUGCCAUAUAUCUAAUAAUUGGCUAAGUAUAGUAGAUUUUAUUUGAGCAAAGAUUUGAGUGUUGCCCUGUAAUUCAUUCUUUCUUUCCAAAUAAGACAUUGCAAUUUAUUAGGCAAGACAGACUGGGCUUCAAGUAUAUACCAAGGUUCGUCAGCAUAUUGUGGAUUUUGUAAAUGAUAAAUAUGUCUUAUCAUAUUUGCAUAGUAAAUAUGAGUAAUGUUGGGAAAAUUCAAACCCCCCUUUGAAUAUUUUUGGACAAAGUUCUAAAACGAAGUCUCUCUUUUUUUUUUUUUCAAUUAAACCUCGAAAAAAACUAUUGAAUCAUGGGUAACCAGAUCUUUGGAAUCUUAAGGGGUACCAUAGAGAAAAAAAAAAGGACCAUUGCGGUAAUAUGUAAGAAUUAAUAUUAAUUCUCCCUAUCCAAGUUGUCUCCCAAUUUUUCAAUUUUUGUAAUUUAUAAUUCAUAUCUUUAAGCAGUCUCAAAACAUUUUUCUCUACUAUAUCCCCAAUACAAGUCAGUACGACAAUCCCAAGAUAUGUUAAUUCCGUGUUGGUUCAAAUAAAAUUAUAUCCAUGACAUAGUCUGUCGACCACAGUAUCUUGUAAAUUGAUAUACAUAGCCACAGAUUUCAAAAUAUUCAUCUUAAAAUUGUAGACUGCACUAUAAGUGUCAAUUUCUUGUAUGAGGGAGGGCAGGGAAAACUCCGGGAAAGUAAGUGAGAUUAAAGCAUCAUCCGCAUAUGAUAUUUUUAUAUCCAUAUGUCUCGUAGGGAAGCCCUUAAUAUUUGGGUUGUUCCUUAUACUAAUAGCGAGAGGUUCUAACGUCAGAAUGUAUAAGAGCGGGGAUAAAGAACACCCCUGUCUGGUACCGUUUCCAAGGGAGAACCACCCUGCAGAAAUAUUAGGGCCAACUGAUCUGGCAGAGGGAUUGGAAUACAAAGCCAUGAUAGCCUUGCAAAUACAGCCCUUUAGGCCAAAGGCCUGCUGAAGAAGUUCUUUAGGAAAUGAAUUAUUGUCCACUAUUUCAUUAAACAUGUCCUUUAGAGGCUUCGCUAAUACAGACUUCAUAUGUUUAUAAAAUGCGUUUGUAAAGCCGUCAGGGCCGGGGGUUUUAUUCCAGGGUAAUUUUUCAAUUUUGUUGUUGUACUUCCUCACAAGUAAAAGGUGUAUUCAAAAGGGCUAAGUCUUGUGGCGAGAUUUUGGGGAUCUGAAUAUUAUCAAGGUAUUUUUGAAUAUCUGUCUGAUGGAUAGACUUGAGAUUAUACAAUUGCUCAUAAAACUGGUUGAAUUUUUCUCCAAUUUGUGAUGGGGUGGUAUAAAUAUUUUGGCCAUCUAUUCGUUUUUCUGCCCUGUUUCUCGCUUGAUGGAUUUGUAAUCUUUUUGUCAGAUUUUUAGAAGCUCUGUUACCCAUAUAAUAAUGGUUUAAUUUUAAUUUGUUUAUAUUUAUUUUGAUUCUCAGUUGUUUUUUAUUUAGGUUAGAGAGCCUAUAAAAUUCUAUAUACAAAUCUGUCAGGGUCUGCCCAUUGUUUUUCUUAUAGAUAUGCCCCAUUUUAAUUAAAUAACCUCUUGUCACAACUUUUUGUGUACACCAAUUAAUCGCACAAGAAGUAUCUUGUGGAUGAUUUUCUUCAAAAAAAAAUGUUAAUAAAUUUAAUUAGAUCUCCUCUAUUCUUUUCAUCUUCAAUUAAUACAUUAAGUCGCCAAGUGGAAGUUCCAGGAAAGAAAGUGCCCCCUAUUUCCAUUAUAAUGAAACUAUGAUCAGCCCAGAGAUUGUCCUUAACUUUAACUGUUUGGAAAAGUUUUAGUGAGUUUGCAUUACUUAAGCAUAAAUCAGUCCUUGAAUAUGAUCCAUGAAUGUUAGAAUGAGUGUAAUCUCUCUCCAAGAGAUAAAAAGUACACCAUACAUCAAAAAUAUUAUGCAAUUUAAAUAUAGUACUCCAUCUUUUGGCUUGUUUAUAUGCUCUUUUAUCUACACUGACCAAUGCAGGGGAUUGUUUAUCCAAUUUUGGAUUUAAUACACAGUUGAAAUCUCCCGCAAUGAUCAAUAUACCCUUGGAGAUUUUAACAACCUUAGACAUUAUUUUGGAAAAAAUAGUAGUUGGAUCCACAUUAGGUAGAUAUAAAUUAACCAAAAUAUAAAGCUUAUUAUCAAUGCUACAAACUAAAAUAAUAUAUCUGGCCUCCUUAUCCAAUUCACAGUGAACAAUGUCCAAUUGAAUAUCGUUUCUAAAUAUAAUAUCAACACUUUUUUUUUUUUUCUGUCUACUAGUGAGGCAUGAAAAAUCAUUGGAUAUUGAGCCCCUCCCCACUUUUGUUGGGAAUCUCUAGGCCAGUGGGAUUCUUGAAUUUUCUCUUGCAUUGAGGAAUGAUACAACCUAUUUCUCUUAUUGGUUGUAUUUAACCCCUGGACAUUAGAACACACAAACUUUAACAUAUAUAUGGUUCAAAAUUUAACUGACCAACUAUCUCACUCUGCAAAACACACAUACAACAUAUUAAAUAUACAUAUCGGAGUGGCCAGACCACUAAGGGUUUAACACACCCAGAGAAGUCGUCAUACCAUCGGAAACAAGUUCCAAUGUAUCUAUUAGAGCCCAUAGUGCUCUCCGGAAAAAAAUGUAGUGUAACUACAUAUUGAGGGGAAACUUCUACGGGGCAUCAGAAUGGCGUCUCCCCAUGAAGGAAAAAAAAAUAAAAUCUUCCCCCCCCCCCCUCCAAAAAAAAUGAAUCCCAUUCUCUGAUUUGUAGGAAUAUUUUUUUUCCCAGGAAGAAAGAAUAUAGUUUUAUAUGUGAACAACCUCGUUAGUCAAUAUUCGUCGAGUGACUAUAACUUGACCAUUCGUUAAUAGACUCUUAUACAAUAAUGAUAGUGUGUUUCCUGAGAAUAUUUGUGGAAUGCGAUAGACCAAUCAUUACCUAUUAGGUACCAUACUUUAUGUUUUAACAACCAUUUAAACCAAAUAGAAUAGCAUAUAAGAUUAUAUAUCUAUGUUGUGCAUAAUUUAUCAAAUAGAUGUAGCUGAUUGUAACGGAACUCCCCGUACUCCGACCAAGUACCUUCCGUUGAUGGACGCUUCCUAGCUUGCGCUGAGGACCACAAGCACCACACCGGACAUCACAACCACCACAGACUCCACAACCGCCGUAGCUUAACUGGAGUCUCGCCGUCUUCCUUCCACCCUGGAUCCGCUUCUGUCCUCCAGGACCGUGUGGUGAAAACCUCUCCUCCAGGAGAGCAUAUCAGGAACAUGCUCUUAAAAGAGCUAAGUGAUUAAAGCUCAGGGUAGUAUGCAGAGCAUAGCAAUCCCCAGUGUAAGUAUAGCUGUCCCCUCCAAUCACGAGACAAGACUACGUGUUGAGGGUCAAGAAGAACUGUGUUUAAUUAGCACCAAAGGGCCUUCUUUUAUGGAGGUCUUACACAUACAGGACCACCCACAGGGUUUUUCAGAAGAACCAAUAAAAACAUUACAACACGUACAAUAAAGUAAACCACUCCCAGCAGAAAUCCUCCCCUCCUGUGAUGCAAUUAUCUCCAGACAAUAGACUAACUUAAUUAUCACAGGCAGAAAAAUACAGUAUUAUAAAACAUAUCACAGGGACCCCAAAACAUGCAAUAACCCCAUAAAUAUAUAUCAUUGGAACCGGGGGAUCUGGGUGAACCACAUAUCCAAAAUUCACUCAGAUCCGUUCAGUAGUUUGGAAGAUACGGUUUAAUGCAGAUUCCGCAGAACAUAUACAGGCUAUAUGAAAAAUAAUUACUGUUAAAUGUGUCCCCUGUUCUGUAGUUUAAAACUACUGAACGAUGUCUUUGUGCACCAAAUACCGGCGAGAUGGCACAGUGUAGAAAAGUCAAAACAGUGUCUGUAAGUUAAAAUGGCCACCAUCCAUUGUUCUCACCAUGUGCUUCAUCCAUUGUUCUCACCAUGUGCCUCUGAUACAUAAAAUGGUGGCCAUCCAGUAACUCCACAGUUUGUCUGGUAGUCUAUCCAGCCGAACCAACAGAUGAAACACAUGGAGAACAGUGCAACAAACGAAGGUAAUCAUAAAAAAUAUGGACAAUAGUCCUAUUUGUGCACAAUUUCCAGUUUGGUCACAGGGCACGAAUAGUGUUUUCAAAUGCCAUAGUCAGAAGGUAGGAGGCGGGCAAGCAGCCCCCUCCAAGAACACGUGGCGAGGUCUGUUCCGCCACAUUGAUCAAAUGUCAUUUAGUGGAUUAUACUGUUAAUAAAUAUUAUUUCGUGGACAGCUACCAUUUCUCUGUAGAAUAUUAUUAAAAACAUUGUUUAUAAAACAGUGCUUAUUACAAUAUAUUAGUUGUGCUCUUUAUAGCUAUGCCUUACUAAUGAUAGGGAAUAUAUAAUUAAAAUAUAUAUAUAUAUAUAUAUAUCUCCAAUCGUAUGAGUGAAACAUAUCCCUAUUACCCCCGUGUGUAAAUAUAUAGAAUGUGUUUAUAUUUAUAAUGUAUCUCCAUAAUGUCGUAUCCUAACCGUCUUAAUACCAUAGUAGCUAGAUACAUAUCCAACCAUUUCACAAAAUAAUAUAUCAGUUUUGCAUUAUUACUUUGUCAACAAAAAACAAAAAAAAACCCACAUACUGAAAAUUGAACCCCCUGGAAGCACUCUGUAUCCUUAAUCUGCUAGCAACUUUUUCAAUUUUAACCAUUGUAAUAAUCUUUCAUUGGAAUCAAAUGUCUCCCUCAUGCCCUCAAAGGUAACACUGAUUUUCAGGGGAAAUAACCAUUUAUAUCUGAUAUCAUGAUUUCUGAGAAUUUGAGUAGAAAUGCUAAAAGUUUUUUCUUUUCAUUCUUGUGUGGUAUGAGAAGUCCUGAAAAAACAGAAUUUUUGGGAAUUGACCUGUUAUCGGAUUUGAUCUUGCAAAACGUAAAACUGUGUCUUUAAAUUCGGGAGAGAAAAAACAAACUGUGAUAUCUCUAGGUAGAUCUGCAUGUAGUGCUUGAGGUUUAAACAACCUAUGACAUCAUUUUAUUGGUUGAUCUUGUUCUUUGAUAGGAAUAUUCCGCGCUAAGAAAUAUUGAUGUAGAAUCUGUUUUAAAUUUUCCUGCGUGCCUUUUUCCUCAAAAUUUCUGAACCGCAAAUUAUUCCAUCUACUGCGGUCUUCCAAGUCGUAUAUUUUGAGCUAAAGUUCCUGUAUCUUGUGAUGUAUGUUUUCAUUAUCAUCUUUAAGGGUAUUGACAUGGAAGUCCAAUGUCGAGAUUUGUUUCUCAAAAUGCUGAAAUUUGACUGUAAGUUGAUGUAUUUCUUGUUUGAUUUCGGUUUUAAUUUCAGCUGUAUUAAUCAAGAUAUUCUUAAUUUCAGCCAGGUUUUCAUUGAGACUAGCCUGUAAUUGGGAAACAGUAAUCAGCUCUUUAUUGCUAUCUUCAUUAAUAGUACUUCCCAUGGUGACAAAUGACUCUUCCAUAUUUUGUUUGUUAUUUUUAAUCUUGUCCUUCUGUUGUUGUGGAGAAAAAUAUAUGGACAUUGAUUUGUCUUGCACUAAGUCCUUUUUAUCCUUUUUCACAGUAGAUUAAUUAUCCUGGGCUUUUCUUGUUGCCAUAUUGGGGUUAUUUAAUUAGCCCCUUUCAUUGAACUUCAGCAAUUAGUGUUAAGCUAGAGGGUUGGCGUUACCAAUUGGCCGUCUAAAAUAUUUGCUGGUAUACCAAAGUUUUUACUUUUCCGUAUUACGGUCUCCCACUAAAUAUAUACAGAUGUCUCAAUUUUGAGCACCAAUAUACUAUAUAGGCUUGUACAAUAAAAAGAAAAGAUGACACUUACUAUAGCAAGCAAUAAAACACUUAUCUUGUAUAUCUGUCUCCUGUUGAUGAAAAGUAGUAUUUUAGUAGAUACUGGAGAUGAAAUACUUCGGCCACGACAGGAGUCAAACUUCCUCUCCUUAUUGCGGCUUGUAUGGAAAUGUCAGAUAUUUGGCACUAAUUGUUUCCAAUCCGAGGGAGACUGAUGAUGAGAGUAUUAUUGACCCUCAUAGGAGUGAGGCAGCAAAACGGAACUCCCUCGACACAGUCAGGGACCGUAGCUUAAGGACCAGAAAACAAAUCCGCCCUCAUCUAGAUUGCUAUGUGAACCGAUAAAAUCUUGGUCCGUCGUUUCUCAGGCUUGUGGUUUGCAUUAGGCAGAGUAUUUCAUGGGGGAGCUGUGGCGUUCGAACAGUUCAACAUGGUGAAGUCGCCAUAGCACUCCGCAGAGACUGCCCCUCCUCCUCCGUCACGACGCCCGUUGUCAGCACGUCAUGACGCCGCUUCUCUUCAUGGAUUUUAAUCUGUUUUAUGUACCGUAAAUUCUAUUUUCAAAACAGAUGGUGAAAAAAGAAAUUAAACCAAAGAAACGCCUGACACGCUAGCCCCUGAUGAUGGCGUUUUAACACGCCGAAACGCGCGUUGGGCGUUUCUUUUAUUUAAUUUCCUUUUUCACUAUGCACUUGGGUCACUUUUGAGAGCACGUUUUUGUUGACUUCUAGUAAUAGGAUCAGAAGUUUCGGUAGGCAUUAGCUUUGUGCGGUGCCGAGGUAACAGGGACAGGUGGAGAUGUGGAUACCUUUUCAGUGGGGAAGGCUUUUGGUGCCCUGGGUGGUGAGAUUCACCUGGACAGAUGGAUCUAUACCUGACUUACAUAUACUGUAGGGCUCAGCCUCACUCCCAGUCUAGCACUAUAAUUGGAGCAGGGAGUUUACCUGCAUUAAGCUAUCGCUGUUUACCUACCCCCGUGAGUUUACCUGCAGUGAGCACCCAGCUUGAGUACCUACCUUCUUGAUUAACUAUUAAUGAGUGGGCUAUUGUUUUUAGCUUAAUAAAAUAGAGUAUAAUUAUUUUAUCUUUUUUGAUACACUAGUACACUUCUAUAAGGUUGUACUUCUUUUUCUCUACUUGGCCACCUAAUUGGGUGCUGUAGUUUGAGAAUUAGUUCUUUUAUGCUAUAUCAUUAAUGCUGUACUUAACUUAAUAAAAAUUAUAACUUGAAAGAGGAAAAAAAAGUCUACCGCUACUUGGUGGAAAGGUUCCUCAAUUAUGGGUAAUGGCUUUGGCUGGCCACCCCUCUUUCCCGUCUUCUGGCAGACAUUACGUGUCCUGCAGUAAUUCUGCAGAUCCCGUGUGAUCCCUGGCCAGAAGAAGGUCUGGGUUAACCAGUCUUUGGUUUUUUGCAUACCCAGAUGUCCUGCUAGGAGAAAGUCAUGACUAAGCUUAAGUAGCUCAGCCCGAUAUUUACGGGGCCCUACCAGCUGUCAUUUAGCCACUUGUGCGGCCACAUUCCCUGUUCCCCCUGUAUAAUAACCCCUUCUCCCACUCAAACCUCUCCUGUUCUAGAUCUCCCUGUGGGGGCUUUACCUGUUUUCUAUACUCUUCUUGUGUUGGAUCGGCCCUUUGUUCCCUUUCAAAACCUUGAAGGGUAUCCCAGUAGAGGGUGGGGUUCUCGUCUAGGGUCGGAACAUAGGGUCCUCAGAGUGCAUCAGCUCUCCCUUGCGGGCUUGCAGUCUUGUGGUCACCGGUAAGGUCUCCUCUGGGUAGGUAGUUGCGAACUGGGAUGUCAGGCAGCCCAGGUCGUUCCCCAACGGUACUUCCGCUGGUAGCUCCCGCAUAAUGCUUACCUCCAGAUGCUUGACCCCCGAACCUUAGUUGAGGUACACUCAGGCAGUUGGGAGUUUGUGGAUAGCUCCUCCUACCACCCUCACGGCUACUGUCUUGUUGGUACAGGCUUGUGGACUGACCUUGUGCGACUGCACUAGGGUGAGGGUCGCGCCAGUGUCUCUGAGGCCCCUUGCUUCCUGACAGUCUACGGUGACUCACUGCCGAUGGUGCUCCCAUUUGUCGCCUGCAGCUUGGUCCGGGUUUACCUCGUGCAGAACCGUUCACUGUUCCUCUGAGUCGCACUGCUGUGAAGGAAACCCUGCUGGAAACAGUGGGCUGAGGCCCGAGCUGGCUGCAGAGGGGUGCGUUCCCAGCUCCUCUGUUCCAGUGUGGGCAGUUACUUUUGAAAUGCCCUGGUUGGUUGCACCCUUGGCACAAGGGCCCAGUGCUUCUGAAGGGUGCAGGGGUAGUUGCCGGUGUAAAUGGAGCUUGUCUGGGUGGUGGUGCUCUUUGCGCCGGAUAAGAGGGUCUGAAGGGGGGUCGUUCUCCGCUGGACUCUAUUUUCCUGCCAUUUUGAUAGUUAUCAGCAAGUCUGACUGCGUCCUCCACAGUUCCAAGCUUCCAGUCUCUCACACAGUCACGGAUCUCUGUGGCGUAUGAUCGAAGAAUUGCUCUAGCAGUAGUAGUAGAGGUUACCUGACAGCCCUGCAUCGAAUUCUUGACUGCCCGGUGCAUCCUGAAGGCCCACUCAGCAAAAGAGUCUUUAUGGUUCUUCCGGAGCCCCCAAAACUUCCUCCUGUAGGCCUCUGGUGUCACAGCAUACCUGGCCAUCAAAAUAUCAUUUACCGGCUCUCAGUAAUGUAUGUCCGAGUCUGGUACUGCCCGGUAUGCCUCAGCUGCUCGGCCAGACAACUUGCUGCUUAAAAUAGCUGCCCACUUAUCCUCUGUCCAGGUCUUCUAGGGCACAUUGUCAUUCAAAAUCUUGCAGAUACGCAUCUGUGUCCAUUUCCCCAUCUACGAAACUUUUAAAUGCAGCAUAGUUCACCUUUCUUGUGCUGCCCUCCAUUACUGGAUCCCAGUAGUGAUGCUGCAUCUCCUUGGUAGAUGUCUAUUCUGGACUGGGACACCUCCCGCGCGCGUUUGUGCAGCUGCCGCCCUAUUUCAAUGGCCAUGUCCCUCAGAUCGCUGGCAGAGCUGAUCCCUGAGUUCAAUUUUAAGAUAUGGAACAGAUAUGGAAUUGCACACCUGCACGACCUGCAAAACAAGGGAACACUGCUGCCAUUUCACGACCUUAGCACCAGAUACACUAUCCCAAGCAGAGCACACUUCUCCUAUACACAACUGAGGGCCUGGUGGCUCAUGCAUAUGAAGAUCCCAGCACCGGACCCCCAAACACACUUCCUUACACACUUUGAGAAACUCUUAAUUGCAGGAGCACCUGCCAAGGGGCCCAUUUCCGCCAUUUACACACUCCUGAACACUAACACCGAACUCUGCCAUCUUCCGUGGGCCAAAGCAUGGGAAACAGACAUAGGCUGUCAAAUACCCGAAAACACCUGGCUCAAAGCCAUCAACAGCUACAAAGGCAGGUCAGCCUGCGCAGCUCACAUGGAACUCAUGCGCAAAAUUGCCUACAGGCGGUACAUGGUUCCCACACGCCUGGCUAAGAUACUGCCAACACAACCAAACACCUGUUGGCGAUGCCAUAGAGACACAGGCACAUUCCUACACAUCUGGUGGGGCUGUGACAUCAUACAGAGCUACUGGAAAGAGGUUCUUUCCCUCAUUCACUCACAUACAAACAUUGCAGUCCCCAACUCCCCAGCCUCCCUCUUACUGUUUAUAUACAAAGACCAAUACCCCCCAGCCGAUAAAUACUUGAUAUACCACAUCCAAAUCUCAGCCUUGACACACAUUGCCAGAAAUUGGCUUUCCACAUCCACAGCGACUAUGCAAGAACUGAUUAAGUAUGUCUCAACAGUGGGGAGCUACGAAAUGCCUCUAUAACAACACACCAACCCUGGAAACGGGAGGUUUGGGAGAAUAGGGCCAAAAGAGCCACAGACUAGAAGACAGAGAAGAAUACACACGCACAUAUAGAGACACAGAUAUAAAGUCGAUAGCUAAGAGACACAAGACAGAAACGGGCAAUAUGGGGAUGAACCCGAGGUGCGAUUCUGAUGGACCCCACUGACGUUGGCCCGACAACUACUGGAGCAAUUCCCCCCAAACCAACAGGCUCAUACUCCCCUUCGAUCCUCAUCCCAGCAUAUGACAAACAGAACCAAACCAGUGGUAUUGGAUAGACAACACACCUGAUAUCAGCUUCAGGUUACGCAACGAUACCCUUUCAAGGCUUUAUAUACUGAUUGAGGAGGCUCUAUGCAAAACUCUGUGAAGCAAAACUGACACAGCACAAAUUGCAUUAUACCUAUGUCUGUAAACCCCCUUUUUUUAGUUCUGUACCCCCCUUUUUUAUGCUUUCACGUUUGGAAAAUAAAAACUGUCAAAUUGAAAAAAACAAAAACAAACAAACAAAAAAAAGCGUUCCAGCGGAGGGUGCAAAAAGCCCUAUCCCAGGAUUGUGACCCUGCCUCACAAGUGAGUGACCUGAAAUGGAGGGAUGUAGUCCGGAAAGAACUCUGGUACGAAGCCCUGAUGGAAGCGCAGUUUCAUUGGAAGAAGGGCCUUCCCGGUUUAGAGCUCCGCUUGCAGGAACAAGUGGCACGGCGGAUGGUGCUUCUGGGGGAGCAACCCGUGACUGAGCGGGUAAGGCACCUUGAGUCCCUGCUCAAGAGGGAACUGUUCCUGGAUGACUCGUACCAGGCAGUAUGGUGGUACAUAGUCCAGCGAGAUACUUGGUUGGCGGAGGGCGUGCAGCCGGUUGGGGAGAACUACAAAGGCUCUGGCCUGUUGUGGAAGGCCUUUGAGGAGGAAGUUGUCCUACAGAGUCGCGGUUUUGGGCUAUCUAUUGCUACCGAGAAGCAAUGCUAGAGUGCCCAAGAGCUAUUGGGCUGAAACCAGAUCUCACUCGCCUGAUUGCCAUGGAAUGGAAGUUUGAGCAAGACUACCUAGAACUGAUAGUGGGUUCAGCCACAGGGCAUUGAUACAGAACAAAGAAAGAGCUGGGUAACCCCGGAAGAGCGGAGAGGCUGGGGGGCUGACCCAGACCUACAACAUCCCGGGUGGGAAAUCCCAGCUGCUGUUCCCCCUGCCUCCCCACCAGCUCCAGCCGGCGGAGACCGAAUUGACUGAUCUGGGGAGGAUCCAGUUGCCAGGUGUAGUAAAUGGGACUGCGGUCUCCACUGACACCCUCCCAGCAGAAGAGCUGGCAUCAGCACUUUUUCUAGCACAAUGUAUGAUUUGUUAUGCUCUUUCAAUAAAGUAUAUAUUACUGUAUCUGUGGCAGGUUCUCUUUAAUCUGACAUUCACUUUUAAUUUGUUUUCUGUAUGGAUAGUAACUGAAAUACAAGAGUUUUGCAGCUGUUAUCAAGGAUGAUGGUUUAAAAAUCUGUCUUUAUUCCUAGGCCCCACUGGAUGCUGCUCCCUGCCUACAUUACUACCUUUCAAGAGCUGGAAGCCCUCUGUCAGAGCUAAGCCCAGCAGUGCAAGGCUUGGCUCAUUGGCUGAGAGCGAUCAGCUGAUGCUCUCUGCAAAUGAGCUAGUCCUGCAAUGCAAGACUUAGUUCAGGAGAGCUAACGGAAGCUUAAGAAUGUCCGGAUCAACAUAGGAAGUAGUGGAGGUGGGAAGAGCGUCAGGUGGCCACAGGUAAGAGGUCAAACUGCUCUAAAAUGGUUUUACUUGUUACAAUGGGAGGACAAGGGCACUCCUGGCACCAUAACCACUAAGAUAAAUUAAGAAAAAUUUAAAUGUCGUCGUUUUUUUUUUUUUUUUUUUUAUUGUAAUGUUUUUUUAUAGAAAUGUAGUGUUUUUUAAAUUUGCUUAAUUACAGGAUUACCGAAACCGUCAAUGUAAAGAUUUUGAGUAUGACACCCUUAGUAUAAAGGGUGUCAUCUUAUGAGAGAUUAUGUAUCCGCACGCUCAUGUUAUUUAUUUUUAAAUAUGACUCUUCUUUAUGGGUGAGGUAGUCUGUUGCUCACCCCAUGGGUGACAGAGAUACACAGCAUUACAUAUUUCUAAGCAACCCCACCCUCAUGUUUAUCCUCUGCAUUUAAAUUAAUGCCUCAGUAUACUUACAGAGUUUUUACAUUAAUCUGAUAUAUUAUGCUGCUGUUAGUUAAGAAGUAUUUGUCACAAAUGAAAAACGCUUGUCAGCAUUUUAGUCCAAUUGACUAAUUUAAUAGUUUGCAAGAUUGAAGCCAGCUCUGGAUGUAGGUGCUCAUGCAUUAAAUGAAAACAUCCCACCAAUGUGAUUGUAUGUGACUGCCUGCCUGUGGCAACUGAAGUCCAAUGCUUGGAUAGUUUUCUUAGCGCAUCACACUGAUGUGGGGGUCUGUGAGUUGUCACAUGGUAAAUUCUAUCAAGCCGUGUUCCUUUAUCUUUUUUUAAUAGGAUCACGGUUUUGGAACCUUAGCCAAUCAGCACGGGCUGCUUCCAUUUUUUUGUUUUUGUUUUCUGCGCCAGUAUAUUCACUGAUAAAUGUCAUGGCAUCUUAUGAUAAACAAAAGACAACCUUUGAAGGAUCACUACCAUGCAAGUAGUUUAUUCUCCUUUAAAGGGUUACUCCAAGCAUAAUAACCUCUACAGCCUGCUGUAAUGAGUAUGAUCAUUACAUGUAGAUGCCUAUUCUGCCACUCAUUCAUUGGCUGAGAGUUCAGCAGACUGCUCUCAGUCUAUGAAUGCAGUUCUGCGCAUAGCAAUAAGUUUCUUAAUUUUACUUAUUUUGUGUCUGUUUCAAAGACUUUUAAAUAAUAUUUUUCACCCUUUCCUGCGUACUAAUCUCAGUACCGUGUUUCUGAUCUGAGCUUUUUUUUUUUUUUUUCAGAGCAACCAGAUUUUUUUUUUUUUUUUUUUUUGUUAUUAGUGUAAACAGAAAAUUGGGGGAGGGGGAAACUGACCUGGUCGCAUCUUUUUAUACUGCCGUCAGUUAUUUUAUUUUAGCAUUUGGAAUUAAGGCUUGGUUUGAAGGAGUUGGUCUUAGUCCCGCAGUGGCAUUUUCUUUUUCACCUUUUACAUCAUGGCAUGUUACCUUUCAGAAUAUACUCCAUUCUAAUUCCCUCAGAGAGGGACACGCUUACACUAACUAAGUGUGGCUUCUAGUGAUUAUUCCAGCAAACCACCAGAAUGCCCCACGGUGUCUGAACACUGAAUACCCCAAACAUAUCUUUCCCUUAAAUACCCCUGUUUCUGGCAACUACUGGCAUCACAACUAGCUUUAAAGUUUGUGAGCCAGUAAUAUAGUUAAAACUGUUUAUGGCAGAUUAUAUAUUUGAGCAGAUGUCUAUAUAAAUCAAUGUUUAUGCCGGCCAGUAUCUCUCUGGAAAUUCUGCUUCACAUCACCGUGAAAAAACCAAAACACUGGGCACCCCUUUUACUAUUUGAAAUUAUUGGUACAAGCACCCCAUCCUGGUUACCCUUCUUUUUCCAAGGCCUUUUGAGGUGGGUUAUACAUGAGCAGCCUCUGUUUCCUCCAUUUUAAACAACCUCUCCCAGUCCCAGAGAAAUUACCCUUGUAUGACAAGCUAUACAAAAAUAGGCCUCUGAUUAAACACCUGUGAGAUUUUUCUGAAAACUACACCCUUGGCCAGAACAUCUGUAUAGAUAAAUCCUUCGUGAAAUUAGAGGGAAGACUUCUUUUCAAGUAGUGUAUUUGAUCUAAGUGAGCUCGCAGUGGAGUAAAAUGUUAUAAUUUGUGAGAGUACAUUACAGGUAAAACCUGGGCAUUUUGCAUUUAUGAAGGGAAAGCUAGCCAACUCGAUUCACCAAUCCUCCGUGAUUCUGUGGGUACAAAUGACAAAAUUGUGUGGGAUCUCCUCAUUCCCCUGAUGACCAAAGGCCGUCACUUAUGGGUAGACCACUUCACCAGCAUAGAUUUAUUUCAAAUGUAUUUUGACACCAUAACCCAUUGUAGGCAACCUAUGGCACUCCAUAUUUGGACUACAUCUUCUCUGAUGCUUUGCCAGCGUUAUGGCUGUAAAAAUAAUAUAAGAGCUGUUGUCCCAACAUCUGGAGUGCCGAAGGUUGCCUAGUCCUGCCCCUGUGGCACAAUGUGGAAGCUGAUAUCUUGCAAAAACCGUAGAGACAAAACAACUGCUUUGCGCUAUGAUAAAAUGUUGGCCCUUAGGUACAUUGAUUUAAAAGGAAAAAAAGUGUACAUGCUGUCCACUCUUCAUGAUGAAAGUACAGUGCCAGCCACUGUCUUGAGAUCUCUUUUUGGACGGCAUUGGUAGAGUAAGUCACCAUCUGACACACUUCUAAGGUUUCCUGUAGAUGGAAUCUUAUGUGUAUGCAUAACUAUAAUUGGACUUGUAAAGAAUUCCUCUUCUGUUUUAAUGCAGGUAGUUUUAACCAGCCUUACCAUGUCCACUUUGUCUAUCUACGCUCUGCGAAUGGGCCGUCUGAGUGCCAGAAUCUUUGGAGAAGUGGUAAGGCCAACAGAUGAUCGUUCAUUGAAAGUGGUGAAGCUAUUCAGUGAACAACCCCUAGCCAAAAGGAAAGAAGUCUAUGACUGGUACCCUCCGCAUAAUACUUAUGUGCCUCUAAUGAGGACUCUCCGGUUUCUGGGACUCUACAGGUAAUUGUAUGAUAUCUAUAGACCGUAAAAUGUAACUUGUAGCUGUAUUUUUCUUUUAGGAUUUAGAUAGCAAGUAUUUGAUUGGGUUCUAGCAUUUGUUUACAAUAGAGGCACAGCCUUAAUUAUAGGAAUUUGUUACCAUCUGGUUGGUUAUAUUACAGCAAUUGCCAUACUUCUAGUUAAUACCUUGAUCCCAUCUGAAUAGAGGUAAGAAUCUGGAAGCAAAUUUUCUUUUUAGAAUUUGCAAGCCGCUUUUACAUCCAUGUUUUGUCUUUUUCAGGGAUGAGCAUGAGGAUUUUAAGGAAGAGAUGAGACGCCUUAAGAAGCUACGUGGAAAAGGCAAACCGAAAAAGGGUGAAGGGAAGAGAGCCCUCAAAAAGAAAUGAGGGGUCUCUGACUGAUUAGCCUGGACAUGUGGCAGACCAAUAUAUGUAAGGACAAAUUACACUGUAAGCCCCAGCACUCCACACAAACAGCUUGGUGGCAGUCAAAUAAGGAACAUUCAAAAGCUAUAAUAUUUAUCCAUGUAUGUGCUGUAAAUUUUGUGUAUUGUUACCUUAAAAGUACAACCGUUCUCACUAAAGAGUAUAUUUCGGUUCUGGAUUCUCAACUCUGGGUUUAAAAAAAUCAAAGUUAACAUGACCUGAAAUAAAUCUGCUGUAAUAUAUACCAUUGUAACAAAUAUAUAUUUCACAACAAUAAACAGUCAUUUUUUUAUUCUAUUAAAUGUUUUCUGUUCAGUAAACUAAUGCAGCACAAAUAUUAAAGGUGCACUAUAAGGUCAGGAACACAAACAUGUAUUCCUGACCCUUUAGUAUUAAAACCACCCUCUAGCCCCCCUAACUCCCCUUUGCCUCCCUAAAUAUAGUAAAAUCUUACUUGUAUUCAAGUCUAAAGAUGCUGGCUCUGCCUCAGACUUGCCCCUGUCUGUUGACCUCGUUAGAAGUGCUGGUCUGAGCCAAUCACAAUGCUUCCCCAGAGGAUUGUCAAGGAGGCAGAUCAGGGGCAGAGUCGGCACAAGUCAAACACAGCCUUGGCCAAUCAGCAUCUCCUCAUAGAGAUGAAUUGAAUCAAUGCAUAUCUAUGGGGAAAGUUCAGUGUCUGUAUGCAGAGGGUGGAGACACUGGAUGGCAGUGCUGCUCACUGUGCAGCACUGCCCCAGGAAGCACCUCUAGCACCCAUAUGAGGAGAAGCCAGUGGAUUUAUCCCUAGGCUGUAAUGUAAACUGCCUUUUCUCUGAAAAAAAGUGUUGACAGCAAAAAAUCUGAAGGGAGUGAUAGAAUAGAACAACUAGCACAAAUGCGAUACGCUGUAGUUGUUCUGCUGACUAUAGUGUCCCUUUAAUAUUGUAUAAAGUGUUAGAUUCUAUAGUGUAAGGAAUACAAAGUAACUUUCUUCAAUGAGCUGAAGUUGUCUAGUUGCCUAUAGUGUUUAUUUUCAUAAUAUUGUAUUUGUAGUACAAUAAUGUGUUAUGAGCGUUAUUUAAGAAUAGGUACCUGCCUUUCACUUUAUUAAUUUCUUACAUUAGAAUUUGAGAAAUUUUUCUUGGUGGUAGUUGUAUAACAGGGAAGAAUUCAUAAUACAUACAAAUUGCAGUGACAACAAAUUAGAGGGGAAGGAAAUAUGGCAGUACAUAAUUUUAUUUUCUUUAGUAAGGGAGCAAAAUAGAAACUAAUAAAAAGAAUUGUAUAGUUGAACUAAUACUCAGUCAACUGCAUGUCUGCUUUGCCUUAUUCAUAAAAGUGCUGAUUUCAGAUUGGCAUGUUUAUAAAUUCAUGUAGGAGCACCCCAUCCGCUUGCAGCCAAGCUGACAUUCUAAUGCUUCUUAUUGGCAUCUGGUUGGCACACGCAUGGCAUUUUCUGCUCAUGCACACAUUUUAUCCAGAUAAGAAGGUGGAGCAGAGCAUCAUUGAGACCGUACUCGCUGCUAGAGACAAAGGAAAAUAAUGUGUUUUUUUGUUUUGUUUUGUUUUUUUGUGGGAGGACGCCUUCCAUUAACAGGGUUAAAGGAUAUUAAAAUCGAAAAUCAGUUGUUGGCUUAAAGGAACACUCCAAAGUUAUCAGACAGCAGACAAGGUUAUUCUUUAGAGUUUAAAUUGCUUGGGAUUCAGAAUACAUUUUCAAUCAAAAUAGCCAAACUAAAAACAUAGUUUGGAAAUAUUUAAUCCCUUAAGGACCAAACUUCGGGAAUAAAAGGGAAUCAUGACAUGUCUCACACAUCAUGUGUCCUUAAGGGGUUAAAAUGUGUCUAUUUUAAUCAAAAAUAUGAUAUUCAUUUUCAAUUCUCAAAAAUUCAUACUUUAAAUCUAUUUACACUCUCGUGUUUUACAAUUUAUUUACUAGAAAAAAAUCUUUCUGAAUACAUUUUAGUAUACUUUAUUAGCUAUAAUUGAUGUACCACUUGUAACCUUGAUUUUUAAAAAGUAACUUUGAUUUUAUAUAUUUGGAUAACUUUUAAAACAAUUUAAUAUUCUUGUUUUUACUUUUAAAAUAUCAAAACAAAAUAAAAAUAUUCACUGUUUUUAUUCAAUUUAACCCCUUAAGGACUGAGUUAAAUGUACACGUUGUGAUCAAAACAAAACCUGGAAUUUGACUAUAUGUCUGUCCAACCGUAAUUCACAUCUUUCAUAUUAAGUGCACCCACACUUAUUAUAUAUCAUUUUAUUCAGGGGAAACGGGGCUUUCAUUUAACAUCAUAUGAAACAAUUUAAUAUGAAUAAAAUAUAAAAAAAAAAAAAGGGAGAAAAUAAGAAAUGUUGUGUUUUUUUUGUUCUGCAUGACAUUUUAACUGUGAAUGUCAUCUGUUUGCUUUUACUAAAAUAAACAUAUUUGUAUUUGCGAUGUCUCAUGUGUAAAACAGUACCCCCUAUGUACAGGUUUUAUGGUGUUUUGGGAAGUUACAGGGUCAAAUGUUACUUUUAAAAAAAUUUAAAAAAAAAUUAUUUAUACACCUUGAAAUUCGCCAGAUUGGUUAUGUUGACUUUGAGAUGAAAUGGUAGCCCAGUAAUGAAAAUUAACCCCCAUGAUGGCAUACCAUUUUCAAAAGUAGACAACCCAAGGUAUUGCAAAUGGGAUAACUUUUUCUUUGGGUUUUACUGUAUAUAUUGGGGCUGAUGUGUACUAUGGUCGUUGCUGUCGCCCAGGAGUGAUGGGAGUGAGCGCAGGACUUUUCUUUUUGUAUUCACUUUAUGUAUAACACAGCUUUGUUACAAUGCCAUCCCAUGUGUUCCCUAUUAAGGGUUAAUAAGUAUAUAGGGGUGUGUAUGAAAAAAAAUACCCCUCUCUGUCUCAUUGGAGAUAUCUUUGCCAUAAGCUCAAGGAAGCAAGGUGAAAGGUCAGUGUAGGACCCGUCUCGGGGGGAUCUGCCUUAAAGUUGGCAGGCGGGCAUUCCUUCCAAUGGCCAUUGGAGUAACUAAAUGACCUCCCUUUGUUUAAAUAUGCACAGGGAUUCAGGAGAGAGCACAGGUAACUUUUUCUUUGUUUUUUACUGUAUAUAUUGGGACUGAUGUGUACUGUGGUCGUUGCUGCUGCCCAUGAGUGGGAGUGAGCGCAGGAUUUAUCUUUUUAUCUGUGUGUGUGUGUGUGUGUGUGUAUAUAUAUAUAUAUAUAUAUAUAUAUAUAUUUUUUUUUUAUUAUUUUUUUAUUAUUAUUUAUUUAUUUUGGCAAAAGUGACCUCGCCCCUGGUUUUUGGAGAGGCCUGAUUGCCAGCCUCCUGCCCCAAGACUAUGGGCCCCGCAAAAAGACAUGCUAAAAAGUGACUUCCAUGGGUAAAUGUGCCUCUUCCCCUCCCCCUUUUUCCUGUCCUAUUGUUCUCCAGCAGGGCGUUGUCCCAAGGACACUGCCAGACCAGUUGAAACUGGCUGCUUUGUCCCUCCUCAAUCUCUCAUCAGCACUUGCUAUUGUCUGACCCCACCCUUCCCUGUAAUAUAGGGCACUUUUAACGUUGGGCAUAUUGUGCGCUCAGAUCCAAGCUAUCUGGGGAUAUGUUGUUUUUUUCGGGUGUUUCUGGACUUUGGGUAAAACUGGAUAUAUUCUGCCUGUGGUAAUUGAGUUAGUCCAUUGUCUUUGUUAAUUGUAUCACAGGCAGAGGGGAGGGUUUGUGUUCAUUAGGUGGGAGUGUCUAACUGUACCAUACUGUUUUGAUUGGCUGUUGUGCCUUUGUGUCCUGUGGUUCACGUGGGUGGUAACCUUGUGGGGAAAACUGUAUAUAAGAAAUGCUUUUGUGCUCAUUAAACCAGUUCUACUUCACCCUCAAUGUAGAGUCCUGUCUCUUAUUGGGGGAAUCUGCUACAAGGGAUUGCUAUGCUCUUCAUACUCCCUUGAAUAAUCACUAAGCUCUUGUAAGAGCUUGUUUCUGUCCUGCUUCACUCUCUGGGGAAAGAGAGGUUCACCCACUAGAACCUGGAGCCUUGCCGUGGUUUCAGGGUGUGUAGGAGACUGCAGUACCCCAACCAAGCUGCGGUGGUUCGUGGUGGUUAUGGUCUCUGGAGUGCUUAUGGUUCACAAAGUUAAGAGACGAGAUCAUCGCCCUUCACAAUAGCCAAGGACCUGAAUGUUCCUAAAGGCACUUAUGGGAGCAUAGUUCGCAAGUUCAAAGUUAAAGGAUUAGUGGUUUCACUAUCUGGAUGGGGCAGAAAAAGGAGGCUAUCAAUGGCUGCAACCAGAUUUCAGAGUAGGCAGAUUGUGAAAAACCUUGAGUGACUGCUCAAGCUCUGCAGCAAGACGUGGUGGCAACAGGCACUUGGGUAUCAGUGAGCACUGUAAGGCAGAGUGCUAAACCCUGGUUUCCAUGCCAGAAUGCCAAGACGUACACCACUACUGUCCCAAAUGCAAAAGGAACGUUGGCUCCUGUAUGCUCAAAAUCAUAUAAAUAAGCCACAGAUGAUCCUGUUCUGUUGAGUGAUGAAACAAAACUAGAACUUUUCGGCCCAAUGCAUCAGUGAUAUGUAUAGAGGAGGAAGAAAGAAGCAUAUGCUGAAAAGAACACUCUUCCUACAGUUAAGCAUGGUGGUCGCUCUGUGAUGCUCUGGGGUUGCUUUGCAUCCUCUGGCAUGGAAACCUGCAGCGUGUGGAAGGCAAGAUGGAUUCAUUCAAGUAUCAGGAAAUCCCAGGAGAAAACAUCAUGUCGUCUGUGAGAAAGCUGAAGCUUGGGCGUCAUUGGACCUUUCAACAAGACAAUGAUCCCAAGCAUGCCUCAAAUUCCACCAUGGCUUGGUUGCAGAAGUAGUCCUGGAAAAUUCUACAGUGCUAAUCAGUCACCUGAUGUGAACCCCAUAGAAAAUGUCUAGUGGGAUUUGAAGAAGUCUGUUACAGCACGCAAACACAGGAAUAUUGCUGAAUUGGAAGCCAUUGCUCAUGUGGAAUGGGCUGUUUCCUCAGGAAUGCAGCAGAAGCUGUUGUCUGGCUAUGAAAUUUUGUUCGUAUCAGGUCAUAACAGCAAAAGGAGGCGAGGCUGGAGGUGCAGGCUGCUGGUUCGGGAACCUUAUCGGAGACUGCUCAGGGGAAUAGAGCCUGAGAAGGGAUUAAAUAAAUAAUUUUGAUACUGGAGAAGUCAUUAUAAGUUGCAUUUUCAGUUGAUUUUGGGGAAAUUACUUGAAGCAUUCUUUGUGUUGAACUAUUUCAAUUGCAUUUGUUUGAUGUGAUUACGUUAUGUUAAUAUUUAUGUAGCACCAAUAAAUUCUGCAGCGCUUUAGUGGGUGGACAAAUAAACAUGUAGUUGUAACCAGACACGUUGCAAACAGCUGAAAGUCUGUAAAGUUUGACAAUAAAUCUGAUUUUCAAUGGGGUUAAAUAAUUUUUAUGGAUAUGUUUAAAGAUAUUCAUGCAUGUUUCCUGACUUUGCAGUGUUCCUUUAAAUUCUACUCCUAUUUUAUUUUUCCAGCAAUAUACUAUGGCAGCACUACCACCAGAAUAGUGCCUCCAACUAGUGUUGUUGGACAUGAAGAAUACCCUUUCCCCCAAAUUCUAUAGAUGACAUCUUUACUUUAGCCUAGUAAGUCUCUAUAUUAAUCCAUGAAACAACAGGAAAGUAAGUAGAGGACGCAUAGCACCACUAUAGCAUAUUACUGAGCAGUGAAAAUAUUUGCAUGACUUAAUUUUCCAAUUUCCUGGCCAUAUGCAUGACUGCACUCCCAUUAGGUUAUGCCCAAGCAUAAUCCGGCCCCCCGUCAGCAAAGUAAAAGGGUGAUUUAACUCCUUUAUUCCAGCUCGACAUGGGUCUGCUCGCGGCUGGCUCUGCCCCCUCUGCCUCUUUGGCUAAGAUAGUUAAAUUUGACUAUCUCAGCCAAUCCAAUGCUUUCUCCCAGGAAAAGCCGUGCCACGUCAACCGCAUUUCCUCAUAGAGAUGAACUGAAUCAAUGCAUUUCUAUGAGGAACGUACAGCGCCUCUAUGUAGAGGGUGGAAACUCUGAAUGUACUAACCCAGGAAGCACCUCUAAUAGCCAUCUAAGUGACUAUCACUAGUGGUGUUAAAGACAAUGUUCACAUUAAAAGGGUUGCAGGGACAUACUAUACACACCAGAAGAACCACAUUAAGCUGUAGUUGUUUUGGUGACUAUAUUGUCUCUAAGGCAUGAAUCGCACCUCUUUUCCACCAAAGCAGGAUCCUUGCGAGCUGCACAACAUUCAGACCUUCUCUUGAGCUAGAAAUCUCAGAGGGGACCUGUGGGCCAAACUGAUAAAAGGAGACAAGUGUGCCAAUACCCAGAAGCUUUCCUUUAUAUUGUUAAAAUUCUUACUUGUCACAUCUAGACUGUAACCUAUUACUCGACCAGGUAGGGGAUGUUUUAGUGCAAACUCUGUAGUUAGAACAAAAUAAGAAGAUAGAUUGGACGUAAAACUUAUACCUGACAGAUUAAGCAACAACAAACAAGCAAACUGGACAAAGCCAAUUGUCAUAGGACAAAAAACUAAAGUCAAAUAAAACUACACACCUGAGACAGGCGUUGAAAAACCAUUGUAUAGCUAGAGAAGGUUCCAUGUCUCUGCAUCACUUCUGAAUUGAUGCAAUUCGGACAUGUGCAGUACUACCUUCCAGGAUGGAACCAAUCCUUACAUGGCUAUUGACCCUGAGCUGGCAUCUCUACCCUAUACACUUCUGCUGGAAAUGGCUUGCCCAGGAGGCAGUUUGAACAGAUCAGAUAGGGCCAAGCAGUGAGUGGAACGUACACACGCAGAGGCUACAAUGGAAUCCAUGACUACCAAAAUUCAACAUUUUGAGGGCACUUAAAGACUGAUGAACCUGUCUGACUGACUGCAGGGUGCAUGUCUGGACAAAAAAAAAUCUGAAUAACCUACCUAUCCCUACAAACACACACCCUUGAUACAGAGAAUUUUAAGGUAAAGAAAUAUUUUUCUUAUAACUUAAAACCCUCGUAAUACUAUUAAUUUGAUAUAAUGGUAGUCUUAUUAUGGGUAUUAUAUUUUUGACAGAUAGCUAGCUUGUCUGUCUCUGAAAAAGUGACUUAGAAAGUGGAAAAACAACCUUCUACUUACAAGCCUACAGCAACAUGCAAACAAAUAUAUCUAGCCUGUGCAGUGCCAGAUACCCUUGGUUUUGUAUGCAAUGUUCCACAGAAAAUGUGUAAAUUUCUGAACUGCUUCCAAACUAACCUCCAACAGGCUACUGCAUCUAAAGGCUGUAGAUCACCAUCAGAAUCUGAAUUCUUGCUUGACUAACAGGUUGUCAGGUUCACAGGUUUCAUAUCUAGAAGAUGUAGCAUUUCCAGAAGAAGAAAUGCAAAAAUGUACCGGAUAAGUAGUGAGGAUGGUAGAAGAAGAUAGAAAACCAGGUAAAUUAUAGGUUUCCCUGUAACACACCAAACUGCUGAAUUUGAUGAGAAUUCAAAGCAUUUAAAGGGACACCUAUAGUGUCAGGAAUACAAACGACUACCACUAACUAUGUUCCUGGGCAGUAAAGUAAACCCAGACUUUUCUCCUAAAUAGCCUGCAGGGACAGACUGUGAGCACAAGAACAACUACAUUAAGCUGUAGUUAUUUUGGUGACUGUUGUCCCUUUAAAGUUUUGUUAACUAUGCAGGAUGAAGAAGACAAACAAUUCGACACUUUAUCUAGAGAAGAUGUCUCUAAUGCCCAACUGGCCAAAAAAACAAACAAACCGCUGUCCAUAGAGGAAGCCACACACUUGAGACCAUAUGAAUAAAAAAGCAGAAACCUGUUCCAAAUUAUUAUGCAAAUGAUAUUUUUCUCAUUUACCUAAAUAAUUGAUGUAAAUAACAGUCAGCAUAAUUCUCAUGUUAUCAACUAUUAAGAGUACAAUUCAAAUUUUAUUGAACAAACCUCCAUUUGUUUGCAAGAUGUCAGAAUAGACUCCCAGAGCUGCUGUUUGGAUGUAAACUGCCUCCCACCCUCAUAGCUCUUUUGCUUGAGGAUGCUCCAAAGGUUCUAAAUAGGAUUGAGGUCAGGGGCGGAUGGAAGCCACACCAUGAGUUUCUCUCCUUUUAUCCCCAUAGCAGCCAUUGAUGCAGAGGUAUUCUUUGCAGCAUGAGAUGGUGCAUUGUCAUGCAUGAAGAUGGUUUUAUUACGGAAAGCAUAGUUCUUCCUUCUGUACCAGGGAAGAAAGUGGUCAGUCAGAAACUCCACCUACUUUGCAGAGGUCAUCUUUACACCUUUGGGGACCCUAAAGGGGCCGACCAGCUCUCUUCCCAUGAUUCCGGCCCAAAACAUGACUUCAUACUGCAUGAAAAUGGUGCUCUGCUUAAUAAUGUGGAACACCCUCCUUUAGUAGUUUUUCCUUAAAUUGGGCUCACCUGGCAAUCUAAUUAUCACAGGUGUCCGAGAUUGUUUUCAGUGAUCAAAAGAGCCCCGAGACACAAUGCCAUCCAUGAGUUAAACUGAAAAACAAAAUAUUUAAUCAUUGUGACACUUAAAUAGAAUUUGCAUAAUAAUUUUGAACAGGGUGUAAGUAUCUUCCAAGCAGCAACAGCUAAGAGUGAUGCACCAAUUUCUGGAGCAAAAGCACAGAAUAUGUGGCUUCCAGACCUUGAAGAAUGUGUAUCUAGGGAGUCGUCAGGAGGUUUGUUGUUCUACUUGCUUGGACAGAUAUGACUGCCUAGUAUAUAACUGUGUGUAAUGGCAGAAGAAAGACUCAUAUUCCUAGUGGAUAGCUUGAGGCUAUCUUCUGUUGCUAUAAGAGCUAUUUGGCUUAAAAAACAGUCAUCAGAUAAAGCUUCAGAAAUUGACCUAUGAGAAUUAAUCUUUUAGAAAGGGUCACCUUUGGAUGAACUGAAAUAAAUGUGGGAAACUAAAAAAGCAUUACCGCAGGACAAAAUGGAGCCCUACCAUUUGACUUCUUGUUGGCACCAAAAAUUUUUACAAAACUUGUGGUGAGACUGGCGUUUUUUUUUCAGACAAAGAAAAGCCACCAUUAUUCCAUAUCCAGACGAUUUGCUGUUAAUGGCAUCAUCUACAUUAAUAAAUAUGAUUUGCUGGGCUUAUGUUGCAUUUGGGACCGUAUGACAGCCCAGGAAUGAGAAUUACGUACAUCAUGGCAUUCCAUUUGCAAUAAUACACAAGGGCGUUCUACAUUAUACUGUUGUCUCACGAGUACAACCUUAUCCCCCAUCUACAGGUUUUAUGAUGUUUUGGAAAGUUUCAGGGUCGAAUUUAAGGCUUGCCCAUUUCAGUUUUUAUAAAUUUAAAUUUGCCAGAUUGGUUAUGUUGUUUUUGAGAAGGUAUGGUAGCCCAGGAAGGAGAAUUCCCUCCAUCAUGGCAUACCAUUUACAAAAGAAGACAACCCAGGGUAUUCAAAAUGGGGUAUGACCCACCCCUCUUACCACACACCACGCUGGACUCACUCCUUCCAUGCCGAAGGCAAUAUAAGUCGGGGGUUGGUUAAGCCUGGAUUAUACAGGGACUCUCUCGGUGCCUGGGCUGCACACGGUGGGCAGGCUCCUGUCAAUCUUGCCAUCAAAGCAACCUAAUAUACUCUCUCUCAGCAACACUCCAUAUGCUAGUGAAAUAGUAUGUUUAUUUAACAAGCAUACAGGGCCUAUUAAUACAACCAAUCACUAACACCUUGUACCCUACUCAUCAGGCAAACACUCAGACAUCCAGCUUACUAUUAAUAGCACACAGAUGCCUCAGUCUGUUUAACAAUCUAUUAGUCUACUCAUUUUACUCUUAUUACUUUUAUGUCCUGCUAUGGAUACUUCCUUUAUUUACCCAUAGAAUAGACACUGCACCUGAGCAAUAUGUUAGCUAGUGCCUGUUAAGCCCUAAGUAUUAAUGCCCAAACAUAGUACAUAAUGAUGUAUAUGCUUGGCAGAUGUUGAGCAGAGAUGCAUGUAUACUCAGCGAAUCUUCACACUACUAACUACUCUUCUCAAAUAUAAAAAUGUGCAUAGUUACUCAUGCCAUGCAAUUGUUUAUACUGAUCUACUAAUUUCCUGGCGAUAGCUGUUGUGGCAUUGCUAGAAAAAUGUUACCUGUAUCAUCAAUUCACCAAAAGUAAAGAAUUGAAAAAAAAAAGGGGGAGUAUGUCCAGUAGUGGGCUUCAUACCCCAUUUUGACUUUUCAUAUGUUUCUAACUCCACAGGAUCGACACGAGACAUUGUGCUGCCUGGGACCAGGACUCCAUUCCCAUCCCCUCCCCCAAGUCAUAGGCGAGCACACAUGCACAUCGACACAUUCACACAUAUAUACCAUGGUUGGCAAAAACACAUGGGCAGCAGGGUAAUGCUAUUAUGCAUAAAUGCAUAAACCUUAUAUAUCAUGCCAAUGAGCAGCAAAUGCAUAAACUUGAUAUAUCGUGCCAAAGAAGCAAUAAAUACAUAAACUUGAUAUAUCAUGCCAAUGAGCAGUAAAUGCAUAAAUCCUGAAUAUCAUGCCAAAGAGCUCUCUCUGCCCUUAGCCUCACUGUGUCAUCUCUGCCACCAGCCUCUCUGUGCCAUCUCUCUGCCACCAACAUCUUUUUGCCAUCGCUCUGCUCCAGCCACUCUGUGCCAUCUCUCUGCCCUUUGCCUCUUAGUGCCAUUUCUCUGCCUCCAGUAAUGGUGACAGUGUGUGUGUGAGAGGGUGACAGACAGUGUGUGUGGGGCGGUGACAGUCUGUGAGGGGGACAGUGUGUGGGAUAGAUAAUUUGUGUGGAGGGUGACUGUGUGUGUGGGUGAUGGUGACAGUGUGUGUAGGAUGGUGACAGUAUGUUUGGGAGAGUGACAGUGGGGGGGAUGGUGACCAUAUGGAAGGUUGUGAGUGUGGGACAUGGUAAGAGUGGGGGUGGUGGUAGCAUGAGGGGAUGGUGACAGUGGGUGGUGGUAGUGUGGGGGCAUGGUGACAGUAUGUUGGGGUGAUGUUUGGGAGGGGGACAGUGUUUGUGGCUUAUAGUGUGGGGGGUGGUGACAGUGUGGGGAUGGGGACAAUAUGGAAGGUGGUGAGAACAUUGGCCUAAAAACAGAGUACAAAGAGUUGUCAUUAAUGGUAAAUUUUCAAGCUGGACAGAGGUGGCAAGUGGUGUCCCUCAGGGGUCUGUUCUGGGACCCCUUCUAUUUAACAUGUUUAUAAAUGAUCAUGUAGACAGCAUUGAAAGUCAUGUUUCAGUGUUUGCAGAUGACACAAAACUUUAUAAAAUAAUACAAUGUGAGCAAGAUAUUACUUUGCUGCAGAGGGACUUAGAUAGAGUGGGGGACUGGGCACUCAAAUGGCAGAUUAAAUUUAAUGUUGAAAAAUGCAAAGUUAUGCACUUUGGCAUAAAGAAUACACAACCAACGUAUACCCUUAAUGGAAGCGAAUUAGGGAUAACAAUACACGAAAAGGACUUUGGAAUUGUUAUAGACAACAAACUAUGCAACAAUAUGCAAUGUCAAUCAGCAGUGGCCAAGGCAAGUAAGGUAUUGUCAGACAUGAAAAAGGGCAUUCAUUCUCAGGACGAGAAUAUAAUUUUGCCUCUUUAUAAAUCACUGGUAAGACCACAUAUUGAAUAUGCUGUGAAAUUAUGGCCAUGUGUUCUAAAGAAUGAUAUUAUGGCACUAGAAAAAGUGCAGAGGCAGGCUUCAAAAUUAAUAAAAGGAAUGGAACAUAUCCGCUAUGAAGAAAGGUUAACAAAUUUAAACCUAUUUAGUUUAGAAAAACGUUGCUUGAGAGGGGAUAUGAUAACAUUAUACAAAUAUAUUCGGGGCCAAUACAAACCAUUGUGUGGAAAUCUAUUCACAAACCGGACUUUACAUAGGACACGAGGUCAUGUGUUUAGACUGGAAGAAAAGAUUUUCUCUAAGGCAAAGGAAAGGUUUUUUUUUUUUUUACUGUAAGAACAACAAGGAUGUGGAAUUCUGUGGUUUUUAUCAGAGUCCAUACAGAUGUUCAAACAGCUACUAGAUGCAUACUUGCAAAAACAGAAUAUUCAAGGAUAUAAUCUAGUAAUAACUGCUUGAUCCAAGGAUAAAUCUGACUGCCAUUCUGGGGUCAAGAAGGAAUUUUUUUCCUAGCUUGUUGCUAAAUUGUGCUUCAAACUGGGUUUUUUGCCUUCAUUUGGAUCAACAGCAAAAAACAAAUGUAAGGAAGGCUGAACUUGAUGGACAAGCUAUGUAACUAUGAGAGUGGAGGUGAUGGUGACAGUGUGGGUGAUGGAGACAGUGUGGGGGGAUGGUGACAGUAUGUGUGGGAUAGUAAAAACAUGGAAAGUGAUGAGUGUGGGAGGUGGUGACACUGGGAGGGGGAUGGUGACAGUGGAGGGAAGGUGACAGUGUAGAAAGUGGUGACAGUGGGGUUGGUGUUGACAGCAUGGUAAGUGGUGACAGUGGGGGUUGGUAGUGUUAGGGGAUGGUGGCAGUGGGGGGCGUAGUAGCAUGUGGGGAGGCUGUGGCUUAGUUAAAUACUUUUUUUUGUGUGUGUAAUACAUUCCCUGAUUGUCCAUUAGACAAGCCGCCGGGCACACCUCAUCGACCAUUUUCAUCACCGGUUUAGCAAACUUGUUACAUUUUUGUAACGAAUCACCUGGCACCCUGACUGGAUACCUCCGUUGAUGGAUGCUCCUACCGCUUCCUGAGCACUCCAAGCACUCUAGCUGACACCAUAACCACUGUAGACUCCUUCAGGUAGCAGAACAGGAACAAGCUUUUACAAGAGCUUAGUAGUGAUAUAGCAAGGGAGUAUGACUAGCAUAGCAAUCCCUUGUAGCAGAUUCCCCCAAAAAGAGACGGCACUCCAAAUUGAGGGUGAUGUAGAACUGAACUUUUAUUCAAAUACUCUGCUUUUAUGCUCAUUCUACAACCAUAGUACUGCCCAUACUAUAUAAUUUUAUUUAUUUUUUUGUACUUUUUUUGCAGUUAGGGUGAUUGCCUGAAAAUCCACGCAGUCCUCCUGCAGUCAGUUCUAUAGCCUGCUAUUGCGCCCAUGUGAUCGCAAUGUAAUGUAGUCAGCAAGCAUAUUAACGUUACUCUGAUAUAUUCAUUUUAUUGAUGAAAUGGAACUGCUCACUCAUCACACAGUGCACUGCAGUUUUUAGGGAACAGGUCCAGGAGAGAGUUGAGAAAGUAUAUUUUGAGUGAUAUGUUGCAGCCUAAUUUAUACUUUUCUAGAAUGUAGUUUGCAAGCUCAACAUUUCCAGUUCUUCAGUUUCUUGAGAAGAAAUGUACAACACCUUUAAAAGCUCCCCGGGCUACUUUAUCUCACUAUUUUUCUCUGCUAGAGAAUAGGAUGAGCUACCUUUUGUAAAGCUUGCCAUUUCCCCCAGUUGUCACCUGGAGGAUCACAGUGUCUGCUCACACUGGCAGCUGAAGCAGGAGCUGAAGAGGGCUGGACGGAAGAGGAUGAUGCUGCCUGCAAGGGACAGGUUCAUGUAAGUAUAAUCUGCUGAAAGACUAGCAAACUUGUACAUUGCAAGGGCAUCGUGUACUUAAUUCUGCACAUGACCCUUAUCCUUACACCCCCUUUAUUAGAAACCCCACCUUUUACAUGUCCCCUUAAUAAGAUUCAGAUGAAUGAUUUGUUACAUCCCUUUACCGUGCUGCUUGCACAAGCUUUCCAUGCUGUUGGUAAAUAGUUGUCAAAAUUUGAUAGGUGAUUAAUUAAACUCUUACUUAGACAUCUCCUUUAUUGUGUUGUUUGCCUUAUAACCUUUGUCCUGUUUAAUAAACACUGGACAUUUUAUGAAUUGACUCCUUUGUAUAGUCUCUCAUUGAGUGCCUCCAAGUACUUGGGGAUGUGGUACAAUCUGGAAAGAAGUAUAAGUCCAUGGCAGUAAGUGAUCACCUAGGAACAGUUCCAACACCUACCUUCCCUUGACCCUGGUGGCAAUGUCACUGUCUGGGGUCUUUGCAUAAUUUGCAAAGACCAAGAUGGUGACAAAGCCACUUUAAAGAUUUGGCAACAAACUAACUUUUCAGAAGAUUCUUUAAAGCGGUUUUGAGACCUCCUAAAAGGUCAAUGGUCCCUUCCUGGGAUUAAAAUCGGGUUCUGGGGGGCAUGGCUUGAUCGGCACCAAGAGCAGUCUCAUGCGAGCGGAGCUCCGGCGCUUAAGCCUAUUAAACAUCGACAAUCAAUGCUUACCUUGUGGCAAUCGGACCCCGGACACUGACAGCGGCAUGGGGAAGCAGUCCAAAAAGCUAAAAACCCUCGCUGGCGGGGAGCUGUUUCACUCGCGGCCCAAGCUAAAGAUGGCAGCGCAACCAGACCUGCCUGACUCUUCCUCCUCCGAGGAACUACUUUACCCCCCUGAUCCUAUCCCAGAGACAGAAAAGCCUUUUGAUGACCCAUGCAUAGUCAUCACAAUUGCAUAAACUGCAGUCCACACAAUACUACAAGUGCACACAAAUAAAGAUAUCUUCAGAAGAUUGAUAUAUGUACCUAGGAAUUUGUUUAUUUCAAGAUUUAUUUAAUGAUUUUCUCUUCGCUCUAUUGUUUCUGUUUUGUUUUCUUACACUAAUCUGCAUCUUGGAGUUACCAACCAGUGCACGCACCAGUACUCCCCCACGCCCCCCAGUGGUGUCCAGGGGAUAUUGGACACUGUUAUUAAGCCAACUUACCCCAGAUGUGCUAUACACUGUCACUCAAUAUAUUUGCCUGAAUUAGAACCCCAGACCUCAGUGGCACUAUCCUGCUUUACACACCUACAGUUGAAUAGGUGACAACCAUCUGAACUUAGCAGGGUAUAAUGGCCUCCUCAGGACUUUAAGCAUAUUUUAACAUCCCCACUGAGACUGGGUCAGCGGCUACUGCUGUCAUGACCACUUCUGGAACACUACGAAAGGCCUAGUGGCUCUCACGAAACCAGUUAUACCUUUCUCUUCGUACACUUUAUACCACGUUCAUGGUUACAUUAGACUAUCAAUGGCUCUGGCAUACGUUGUAAAUCCCCAGCCUUCUCGUUACAUACACAUGCCAUGGCUAUUGUUGCUUAAAAUUUAUUAUAUAUAAAAAGUGCUGUAUCAUCUUAAUGCUGAACAACUGUUUUGAAAUUCUGUAUACUUCGGCUACACAUGCUGUUGGGGUAUUGUAGACCAAUAUGUUAUGAUUUCAUGCGCAAUAAAAUAAAGAAUGUAAAAAAUAAAAAUCUGGUUCUGAACACAUCCCUUUGAACCUAUUGAAGAUACAGUUGUAAUCAAAAUUAUUCAACCUUUAUUGAUAAUCAGAUUUAUUGUCAGACUUUCAGUAAUGAACAAAUCGAACAAAAGCCAUUGAAAUAGCUCAACACAAAAAAUGCUUCCAGUGGUUUCCCCAAAUUCAUCUGGAAAUGCAACUUCUAAUUGCUUCUCUAGUCUCAAAAUUAUUCAACCCCCUAAAUAUAAUUCCUCAAAACUGCACAAAUAUGGAAAACAUGUGUUGUUUGAAGCACACCUAAUGCAACUAAUCAAGGGCUUCAUUAGUUACACCAGGUGUGUUUGAGCUGUAACAAUUGAAAUACCUCAACUAGCUAGGGGUUUGUUGAGUUAUCAAAAUCAAAGGAGGAACCGCACUGAAUUCCAAUUGACACUAGAUGCAUUGAAGCAGGACCAGCAAAUCCCACAACCAUAAGGCAAAAGAAGAAAGAAUGUCCAGGCACUCAAAGUAUUCAAGCCACAGGCAGGUUUAUUGGAUCAAAAGGGGCAGGGCAGCAACAUUUCAAGCUUGAUAAAGACCUCCCAGUAGGUCAAAACAUUGCUGCUCUGCCACAUUUGAUCCAAUAAACCUGCCUGCGGCUUGAACACUUUGAGUGCCUGGAGAUUCUUUGUACUUUUGCCUGAGGGGUUUGUUGAGUGUCACAUUUGACUGCAUGUUAGAAUUAUGGCUAAGUCAAAAGAAUGAUCCACAAAGUUAAGAAAAUAGAUCAUUGUCCUUCACACACAAGGAACAGGAUACAAAAAGAUAGUUAAGUCAUUGAAUGUUCCUAGAGUCACCAUUGGAAGCAUAGUUCACAAGUUAUAAGUUGAGUUAGGAAUAUAUAUUAUGUAUGGCGGCACUUAAAGAGAAACCCUUAAAUUACAUUUGAACAAACAAAAUGUGCAAAUUUUAGGUUUUGUUUUGGUUCAGAAUUUGGACAAAUACCUCCGUCCUUAGGGUAAAUAAGAAAUAGUUUUACCUAUGUUUUGGAAGGUCCACAAAGGAAGCAUACCUCCAUUCUUUGGAUGUUAAAAGAGUACUUUUCGACUGGGCGUGGCCUGACUUUGGACCUGCAUGGCCACAUAAUUUGAGUGCUUCCGCUGUGAAUCCAGCACCUAUCAGCAGCAUCCAACCACACAAAACAACGCUAACCGCAGCAAAAUGUCUGCUACAACUAAGAACAUGUAAGAAGGGGAAGUAAGGCCUAGAAUUUAACCUAACACACCAGGUGUGUUCCAGGUGUGCCCACACCAGGCCACACAAGAUGGCAGCCGUCUAAGCCCACGAGGCUCCCUUUCACCAGCAUCCACAGCGGGCAGCGAGACCCCUGAAGGGACACAGGGAGACGCAUCGCAAAUACUCACCAAGAUGAUGGAAGUCAGGAACUACCUGGUGGAGGAAAUUGCACGGAGCUCACAGGAAGUGAAGGCUGAAAUUCAAGCCCUAGGGUUGCGCACAACAGACCUGGAAAACCGGGUAGAGGACAUAGUGCAGGCCCACAACACCACCGUGACCCACACCAACUCCAUGGACAGGCAACUAAGAGACGUGGAGAUGCACGUAGAAGACCUAGCAAAUAGGUCCAGGCGCAACAACCUCCGGAUCCGGGGCCUACCAGAAACGCCUAAUGAAGGCUCCCUGAUAGAAAAGUUGAAGCACUACUUCAAACACCUUACACCAGAAGUCCCUGAAGCUAAAUGGUUGAUUGAAAGGGCACACCGCACACUGCGUGCCCGCAGAACAGAGGGAAGCAGUCCUGCAAUAUAGCAGGGAACAUGAACUGACCUACUAAACCGCUACCAUAGCAAUCUACCAAGAUCUCUCCCCAUCCAUCCUACAGGGACGCCGGGAAUGGAAGCCCAUCACAGCACAUUUGUUACACCUGGGGACACCCAUUUAAGCUGGUCACAUUUAUUAAUGGGAAAACCACAACCCUGCUACCAGGAGAAGACCCGAACCAGUUCCUUGCUAAACUGGGCAUCGAAGCACCACCGGAGAUGACUCUCCCCAAGCCCACCCGCCCUGAGCUUCCUUCUCUCAAGAUAGACUGGUAUACUGUGAAAGGCGCCAUACAGCACCGCACCUGAAUGACACCAGCGGAAUCGGUGAUGGCACACCUGGAUUAACAACUACCUUGUGAACUGUCUGGUUCUUCUGAAACUUGAGACUCAGCUAAGUGUAUUUUAAAGGGGGUUAUGUGAGAUAUGGGACAAUGGGGGCUCAUACGAUUAUAACGGUAAUGUUUAUUAGACAAACAGCGGGAGGGGGGAAUUGGAGGCAAUCACAGGGCUGGCCCACAUGCGAAGGGAUGUUGGAGGGUGGUGCCACGGGGCGACGACAAACCACAGCACACAGCUAGACUACACAUUGAUUUUGGGGCACUCCCACCCUAAUAUGACUCAGCCUGUGUACGAAGGGUUAUGAGAUAAAUGGCGGAAUCUCGACACCACCUCUUAAGGGUGACUCCACCCCAAUACGCGCACCAUGCGCCCUCGCCCAUGCCAACUCCCACUGAAUCCCAACCCAUGUGCAGACCAAAUUAAGAUAAUCAUCUGCACCGCACUCUUACAACCCCCCCCCCAGUACACGUAAGGGCCCUCACGCACCCAACUGAACCGGCACAAGGCCGUAACUGUGCCCUCCGCACAACAGGGAUUACCCCAAUGAGAACGGGCAUCCCACCCGCCCCCGUUGUCAAUGUGAUUCCAAACUGUAUAUAGCUCCUCCCAUCUCUUCUUAUGCUCCAACUGUCUGCUUCAAGAAGAGCAAUGGGACCUCCCAAUGCACAAAUGCCCAGGGGGACUCGGGAGAGUGGCCCAUCUGAGACAAGCAAAGGAAAAUGGAAUGAACAAAGUUAGAUCAAUACGGGGACAUCUCCGACUAAAAUCAACCCCUCCAAAACAGUGGCAAUGCCCUUCCACCUUUCGGUCCCAGACACGGCUACCAUCAGACAGACAUACCACUUCAAUGUAGAGACAAAGGAGUUUAAAUACCUGGGUGUCACCUUAACAGUGGACCCUGCCUUCCUAUAUAUGAGAAAUUAUACCUCACUAUUUCACGCCCUCAUAGGCGACCUAGAGAGAUGGACGGAAAAGCCCAUCUCCUGGCUGGGGCGCUUACAUUCCAUAAAAAUGAGCAUCCUACCGAGACUACUAUUCAUGUUCCAGUCCCUACCCAUAAGAGUUACCAGAGGGGAUCUGAUGUCUAUGCAAAAACUCCUUCAUAUGGCAAAAAAAAAUGGCCAAGGCUGGCCCGCAGCCUACUAUACUGACCCAAAUGCAGUCUACCUCACAUAUACCACUACUACCUAACGGCCCAAUUAGCCCAGAUCAUACACUGGCACUCUCCCCUGGACCAAAGGAGAUGGGUGGACAUUGAAUCCCUACUGACAGGGGCGGAUCUACCCCAAUUCUACCUAUGGGUCCCUAAAACGCAGAGGUCCAUUUUAAGAACGACAUGCCCAGCCGCCCUAAACUCCCUCCAACUAUGGGACAAGUAAAGCAAAAAUAUGCACUGGGGAAUGACCUAUCACCACUAACUCCAGUUCUCAGAAAUAAAGUGUUUUCCCGGGAAUGAGGGCUAGAGACUUCAAGGGCAUAGAGGCCACAGGGCUACAAUGAUACAUACACCUAUAUGUCAAUGACGAUAUUGAAUCAGGAACAGUACUAAUCUAACACAAUUACCUCCAAGCACAGAAAAACAUACAAUUUUAUAAAAACAAAACAAAAGUACCUUAAAAACACAUAAAACCCCAUACAUCCCCUGAUAGCCCAAAUCUGGAUGAACAACAUAUCCAAAAAUCACCCAGAUUGGUUCAGGGGUUCAGGAAUUUCCUGGAGGUCAUAGUUUUGACCGAACGUGCACAUGGUUCCAGGCCCAAAACAGUUCCAGGGAAAUCAGUGCUAACAGUCUGUCAAGUUCAGUAGUCUUUUACAGGUUUCCCUGCAGGGCCCAUAGACUGUGGGCAGGAGGCUGGCAAGCAGGCCCCUCCAAGUUCAAAUGGCGAGGUUACUUUCGCCACAUAUCUUCCCUCCCAAUGGGAGGGUAUCUGACCUCCUGUCGGUCGGUGCCUGAGUUAGUUGAGUAACCCACCCACAACAAACAAUUACUGGACCUGGUGACUCCUGUAGUCUGUCUCGGUUCUGUACAACCCCAAGGGCUAUGUGGGCCUCUGGUACUCCCAGUUCCUUUGUUGCUCUCUGGCUUGUAGUUACUCGGUGGGCAGACACCAGCAGUGCUCUGUCCUGUAGCCAGCGUUGCAGCAGUUGAGUUCCUAGCUCCUGGAUCAAGGACCAGGGGAGGGCAGAGACUAAUUUCACUCUGUCCAGUUGUCAGCACUUCUGCUGGGGUGACUGGUACAUAGUUCUGCCCUGUAACAAGGGGGCAGGUAGGGCAGAGGCUAUCAGUGCUCUGCCUGGUUGCCAGCGCUUCUGCUUGGGUGGCCUGCAGGUAGUUAGGCCCUGGACAAGGGGAAAGGGGAGAGGCUAACUGCGCUUCUGCUGGAAGGGGGGUCAGUGGGUAUGGUAGUCCCAUCCACUAAUCCCAGGGCCCUGCUGGGAAUUGGCUGGGGAGGGGAGAAAGCGCUUACCUCCUCCUCCUGGUACCACUGCGGGUUUAGUUGGGGAUCUGGACCGGCCGUCCAGCAUCCCUGUAGAUCCGGCAUAGAGACAUACCAGCUGUCGCCUCUCCCUGAAAGAUGCACUGUUGCUGGGGAGAGAGACCGGUUGUCUCCUCUCCCUGUAGGAUGCCCUGUUGCUGGGGAGUGAGAACGGUUGUCUCCUCUCCCUGUGUGAUGCACUGCCGCUGGGGAGAGAGACCAGUUGUCCCCUCUCCCUGUCAGAUGCACUGCCGCUGGGGAUAGAGACCGGUUGUCUCCUCUCACUAUCAGAUGUACUGCCGCUGGGGAGCGAGAUCGGUUGUCUCCUCUCCCUGUCAGAUGCACUGCUGCUGGGGAGAGAGCGGUUGUCUCCUCUCACUAUCAGAUGUACUGCCGCUGGGGAGCGAGACCGGUUGUCUCCUCUCCCUGUGAGAUGCACUGCCGCUGGGGAGAGAGACCGGUUGUCUCCUCUCCAGGUAGGAUGCACUGCCGCUGGGAGAGAGACUGGUUGUCUCCUCUCCCUGUAACUCCAGCUGCCGCUGGGGAUCUGGGCCGACUGGCCAGCAUCCCUUUAGGGCUGCUAGAGAGACCUCGGUCCCAACUCCACCUGCCAUUUGAGGUUCCUCCCAGUGCCAGUCCUUGAGGUCCCCCAGGACUUAGGAAUAAGGAUCACCUGUCUCCUCUCCCGGUAGCUCCGGCUGCAGCUGGGGAUCUGAGCCGGCUGCCCAGCAUCCCUGUGGGACCAGUGGAGAGACUUUGGUCCCAUCUCCCCCUGCCUAUUGGGGUCCCUCACAGGACCAGUCUAUGAGGUCCCCUACUUCGGGUACCUCCAGCUGCCUCUGGGGAGAGAGGCUAACCUCCUUUCAUGGAGACUUCUUUUCCUUGCUUUAGCCAGCAGGAACUCUAGGUCCCUUUUCGCUUGCGUUUCAACGGUUACCUGGUUACAGAUCGCCUGGAAGGUAUCAGUGGACACAUCAGGGUCAUACCAGGCCACUCGCUGCCUCAAAUCUUCGCAAGAGUCAAAGUAUGCCAUACUUGCCUGCUCCAAGUCAAUGGAAACCUCUGCUUCCAGAGGCGCUGCACGAAUGCUAGCAUUGCCCUCAGCACGUUACCGGUGUCUCCAGGAUGCUUCUCCUUGCACUAGGACGCCAUCCCACAGCUGCCACCAAAUGUGACGGACCGCCUGGCACUCUGACUAAGUGCCUCCACAAAUUGAUGCUGCUAUUGCUCACCGAGGAAUUCCAGCUCUCCACCAGACACCAUAAGCACUGCAGACCCCAGCAAUGCAGCUGCGCCGGGGUCUCGCUGUCCUUCACCUACCUUGGACCCAAGACCAGUAUCCAGCUUCCAGUGGGCAGACCUCUCCUACUCCCAGAGAGCAGGAAAAGCUCUUAUAAGAGCUAGUGAUUAGAAUUUCUGGGGAGUAUAGUGAUAUAGCAAUCCCCAGGAUAGAUACAGCCGUUUCCCCCACACAUGAGAUGAGACUCUAUGUUGAGGGUAAGCAGGAACGGAACUUUAAUGGAGGCACACUGGCCUUUUAUGCAAUUUUCCCAACAAGGGUGACACCCAGGUGAACCUUGUUGGGCACAGGGACACAAAGUGAAUAAACGAAUAAAAACAAAGUCAUACAGUGAGACACUCGUAUACACAAACAAUAGAAUCCCUCCUCUGUGCUUGGGAGAUAAUUGAAUCAGGAACUGUACUAAUCUAACCCAAUUAUCUCCAUGCACAGAAAAACAUACAAUUUUAUGAAACCCCAAAAAGUACCCUAAAAACUCAUAAAACCCCAUAUAGCCCCGAUCUGGGUGAACAACAUAUCCAAAAAUCACCCAGAUCAAUAGAGGUCUCAGCAAUCCCAGGUCGCCAUGGGUGUUUGUCAGCUCAUUCAGUGGCUGCAGAAUGGAGCCGGGCAGCGAGGGAGCUGUAAUCUUCCUGCUCUUAUUUACGAGUCCUGCUGUGAUGCCAGCAGCUGGGAUAUGACAUUACUCUGGCCCUGGCCUCACUAAACAGUGCAAGAGAGCAGAGUAAGAACAGUUUGAAUAUUACAGCAUCCACACUGGACCACAGGGAAGGGAUCCCCAAUGAAAAAAAUCCAAAAAUGAAAAAAUCCACUCAAGCCCAAAGUUAUGGAAGCCAGGUGGACAUAAAUACAAAUUUAAUACUUUGUGUGAGUAUGAGAAAAUGUGUGUCUGUGUGUGUCAAGUCAGUGAGUGUGUGUCUCUGUCCGUUUAUCAAUAUGUCUUUCUGUCAGUAAGUGCAUCUGUCUGUCAGUGUUUCUUUCUACGUUGCCGACCGACGAUAGCAUGGGAAAGGCAUUUUAACGCACCUUUUUUGCCAUACUGUGCUGGUUUUGCCGAAGCUGGCCCCGCCUCCAUGCCUGAGAUAAGAAAUCUUGAUUUUAUUAAAGGACACGGAGGCGAGUAUUAUGCUUUCCUCUUUCUUUUAUUCCUCAGCAGCAAAAGAAAUAUUGUAUAUAUAUUCAAUGAAAAAAGAAAACAAUUCAAUAACACCACAACAUAAGUUCUAAAGGGUUAACCAAAUACCACAUAGGAACCAAUUAGAAUGUCCCCAUUACAACAAAGUCCCAUGUGACCCUAAGCCACUCCUCUUUCUUUUGCUGCUGCAGCCUCAGAUAAGUACAAACAUUUUUCCUCCUCUGUUUCUGACAGUUAAUAGCUUGCUGUUUCAGUCAGAGUACCUUUAAAUCCUUUACUUUCCCUCAGGGUUUGGAUGUGUUUAUAAUCUUCUUGGUUUUUUCUCUCUUUUGGGUCUUGUCCUCCCUGUAUUUUCUUCCCUCUCUAUCUUCCCCCUCCGGUCGUUUUGUUUAUUUCCCGACCGUUUCUUGCUUCCCAUUCCCUCCAUUUGGUCUCCCCUCGCACGGGUACUGCUGUCGGUCGUGGUCUCGGUGGUCCGCGGUCGUUACUGCGGUCGCGGCCCCCGUGCAUGCGCGCAACGCGGCGGCCAUCUUGGGUUGGCAGUUUUGCCGCGCUUUUCCUAGCGCGGCCAAUACUGCUCGUUUGGGGGCGGGAGCUGAUCCCUGUUGCUGGGCAAGUCUCCCUGUGUUCCCCAGGAGCUUAAUCCUGAGGGAACACUCGGUGAGCUUGCUGCAUUUUUUCUUUGUUGUAUACCUGUUAGUGCUUUGCUCAACACUUGGUGUCUGGUGCCUGCUAGUGUGUCUAAUAUUACUGUAGUUGGGGUUUAGCCAUUCUGACACUUUACUUAGGGGAUAUACUUAUCAGCCUUGCCUGUAUUUACUGUCCUCCCACCCCAGACAUGCAGGCUGAGAACAGUGCAUAUAGUGCCACAACGCCUAGAGCCACCGGACACCCUACAGCACCCGAGGUCCUCCGAGUGGUACCCGCUGGACCACGUAGCGAAAUACAUCGCUGCCCGCAUCAGAAAGCCACUGGAUAAGGUGGCGCGAAACAAGUUGCGGGCGGAAUGCCCACGCCCCACGGUCCCGGAUAUGGCAUGUGCCACCCCGGAAGUGGACCCAAAAAUCGCCCAAUUUUGGGGAAAGUCAGGCUGGAAGGCCAAGAAGAUUUUGCCUGGCGAUCCUUGGACCGAUCGCGAGGAUGUUCGAAAUGGUCGAAAUCGCGUUGGCAGGGGGUGCACCGCUGGACCUGGAAGUCCUCAGGGGGUGGAUCCAGCGUGCCGUGUGUCUCCUGGGCAACGCUAAUACGGCGGUGGCCAUGGAAAGACGCAAGGCGAUUUUAAUUAAAAUUGAGCCUAAGCUAUUAAACCUAGCUAUCUCAGAGCCAGGUCCCCAGGCUAAAGCCCUCCUAUUCGGGGAUAACUUUGUGAAAGAACUAGGCACAUAUGUGGGCACCUUUACGGCACUUGAUAAGGCUCAAGCCAGCAUGAAACGAGUGUUCCAUCAGAGGGUUUUUGGCGGGGCCGGCAGAUAUCGGGGCCGUCUGCCUGGCCGCUCGCCCCGGGGCUCAUACCGGGCUCUCGUGGCUCCGUGCAAUCCAGAUUCACGCCCCCAGAACCCAAACAAGCCUCACCGUUCUUCCCGGUUCGAGGCAGACCGUGGCAAACCCGAGGACCCAGAGGCUCUUCAUAUGGCCGACGACCUUAUGGUAAGUGCACUACCUCCUCAUAUGUCUGCAUUAACUAUGGUGGGGGGCAGACUGGGCCAUUUUGUCAAAGAAUGCACAUGUUCACUGCGGAUGCCUGGGUGCUCCACACGGUCGGGGGUUAUUCUAUAGAUUUGUGCAAUACCCGGUCCAACUGAAACCCCCCGGCCGAAUGGUGUUCCCCACUCAUGACCGAGAGUUGAUAACCCGAGAGGUCCAGGCCCUAGCCUCCAAGGGGGCAAUUUAUACAAUUCCCCCUGUCACACCGGGCUUCCUAAGCAACCUAUUCUUAGUACCCAAAAAAGGCGGAGGUAUUCGCCCAGUCAUCAACUUGAGACCUUUAAACAUGUUUGUCACGUACCACAACUUCAAGAUGGAAGGUAUACACUCUCUCCGGGACCUCCUCCUCACAGGGGACUGGAUGGUCAAACUCGACUUGAAGGACGCAUACCUCACGGUCCCAAUGGCCGACGACUGCCACCACUUCCUACAAUUCCGCUGGGAAGAGACCAUGUGGUGAUUCAAAUGCCUACCAUUCGGUCUCUCAUCGGCCCCCUGGUGCUUCACAAAGCUCAUGAAACCAGUGGUCGCCCUCCUACGCAGCAGGGGAGUACGGCUCAUAAUAUACCUGGACGAUAUCCUCAUCAUGGCGCAGGACCCGCUUCUGUUGCAAGAACAUUUCUCUUGGACGAGAAAUCUGUUAGAAAACCUGGGCUUUCUAAUCAACUGGGAGAAGUCCGUCAUCGAACCCUCGCAAGCAAUAGAGUUCCUGGGAUUCACCAUAGACGCGGUGACCGGAACGCUCCUACUCCGGUCAAGGCCAUCAAAAAGGAGCUCAAGCGGACGCUCGCACAUCCUGUCCUUACUUUGAGACAGCUGGCCAGGAUUGUAGGCCUCCUCUCUGCGUCAAUUCAGGCCAUCUUUCCCGGACCCCUACACUACAGAGCACUUCAACGGUUAAAGGCAAAAUACCUUCGUUUGGGGCACUCAUAUUCAACUUCUGUUCCUCUCGACUGUGCCGCCAAAGACAAAAUCAAAUGGUGGCUACAACACAUGGAAGCCUGGAAUGGCCGCGCGAUCUUCGGAACAGCUCCGGACCUCGUAGUGGAAUCCGAUGCAAGCUUGCUCGGUUGGGGUGCGCGCUGCGGACCUUUCUCCACUGGAGGACGAUGGUCCAGAGAGGAACAGGGACUUCAUAUCAAUUGCCUCGAACUGUUGGCAGGUUUGUUUGCUUUACGGAGUCUUUUGAACGUGUCGACCAACUGUUCCAUCCUGUUACGCAUGGACAACGUUUCAGCGGUUCGAUAUAUCAACCACCUCGGGUGCACGAGGUCAGCAAAGGAUUUCUGGCAGUUCUGCCUGGACCGCAACAUAUCAGUGCAAGCGGAACACAUCCCGGGGAUGAGCAAUGUAGUAGCAGAUUGGAAUUCCAGACAUCUACGGGAUGCCAGCGACUGGCGGUUGAACCCGGCCAUCUUCAGCCAUUUGCAAUCACUGUGGGGGCCGCUGGACAACGAUCUGUUCACGUCACGACUGUACACGCAAUUACCGAGGUUUUUCAGUUGGAGGCCGGAUCCGGAGGCUCUAGCGACGGACGCUUUCCGACAACAGUGGCCGAACGCCAGACAUUACGCUUUUCCCCCCUUUUCUCUCAUCGCAAGGACCUUGCUGCACCUCAGACGACACCGGACUUCUCUAAUCCUCGUAUCUCCCUUCUGGACGUCUCAACCCUGGUUCCCUACACUCCUGGAACUGUCAAUAGAUCUGCCGAGGUUACUACCGGUACACGAGGACAUUCUCCUGGAUCCCUAUGGCAAUCCGCAUCCUCUCAUACUGCAGGGACAUCUCAAGCUUUUGGCAUGGCUCCUCUCAGGGGACUCGAUGACAUCCCAAAUGUUCCACAAACAACUCUGGACCUCCUGGCAGAAGCUUGGGCCCCAGGUACAAGGAAAUCGAAUUUACAUGCCUGGAACGCAUGGUAUGGUUGGUGCGUGGAACAACACGUGGAUCCCAUAUCUGCAACUGUGAGUCAAGUCUUGGGUUUCCUUACUUCACUUUUCGACCACGGCCUGGCGUAUCGUACAAUUAAUCUAUAUAGAUCAGCUAUCUCGGCAGGCCACGUAGGUUGGAAUGGAAUUCAAACAGGGAAACAUCUGAUGGUGUGUCGACUCCUAUGAGGCAUAAAAUUUGCACGACCACCACGACCUCUGUAUUCGGAGGUAUGGGAUGUGAACCUCGUUCUCCGACUUUUUGAAAGUUGGCCAAAGAACGAAGGUUUGUCGAUCAAGCAACUCACCGCAAAAUUGGUCACGUUGUUUUGCCUCAUCUCCUGUAAACGGGUCUCAGAUGUAUGAGCAUUGGACAUUCAGGCACGCUCAUAUACACCGGAAAGGGUGGCCUUAUAUAUAUCGAGACGUACAAAAACGUCCAUCACAAAGGUUUUUUACCCCGCUUUUCCACAUAAUAGUAAUUUAUGCCCAGUAGCCUGCCUCAAAGAGUAUGAAGCACGGACGGCGGCGGUCCGAGAUCCUCAAUGUGCUGACCUAUUCCUGGCCAUUCGACAACCGCAUCGUCCGGUUUCUACAGUCACCAUAUCUCGCUGGGUCAAAUGGAUCAUGACGUCGGCAGGCAUUGAUACUUCCACAUACGGAGCACAUUCAGUGAGGGGUGCGAUGGUAUCAAAAGCGUUUUCAUUAGGCUGUAAAUUGGAAGAUCUCCUCUGAGCAGCCGAUUGGUCGAGAGAAUCUACAUUACGUGAAUUUUAUUUCCGUCCGGUUCCCCAUUUUUCCACGUCAGUGAUCACACAGCUUUGAACUAGCAUUAUAAGAGCCUCCGUGUCCUUUAAUAAAAUUACCAGAUUUUACAAAUUUCAUGACGUAAAGUCAUGAUUUUAUAAAGGACGCGGAGGCGAGCAUUAUCCCACCCACUAAAGGUAAGUUGCCCUCCUCUGGGAAUGUAAUGUAUGUUAUGGGACUGGAGCCGUGUGAUAAUGUGCUAUUUUAUCUUCCAUUUGAGUUACUAACAUGAGAAUGAUUUAGUGUUAGAUAGCGUUGGAAUAUGAACGUGGAAAAAAUAUUAUCCAAGAACACAUUUUACCAUCUCGUUUCUCUGUCUUACAGCUUCCUAGUUGGAGUGCCAUAAUGGUCCAGGCAUACCCACAGAGGUGCGGAUGGAGGAUGACCAGGUUUUUCUUCAGGGUUUGUUGGUUUUUUUGUCCGACGUCAUCUUCUAUUGGAUUCACUCUUUUUCUCUACACGACUACUGGUUGUUUUUUCAUUGCCGAAUUUUGGAGUGUCCAUCAGCAACACCAAAAGAAAGAGGAGUGGCUUAGGGUCACAUGGGACUUUGUUGUAAUGGGGACAUUCUAAUUGGUUCCUAU